CAACUUUACAUGGUAGAAUAAACUUUUUUUUCAGUUAAACUAUAGCGCAUAGAUCUAUACUAGAAUCCUGUAUAAGAAUGAACUGUAUUUAGAAUAUAUUGCCACUUGUGUUGCUCUGUACAAAGCCUGUAGAGACACAUUUAGUGACAGUUGUCACUUCUCUCCAGAUGUCCCUAGCCACACUUGCUCUCCCUCCCUUUUCCCACAGUACGGAAUGUUGAUCAGACAUCCCUGGGUUCCAUCACCUGUCUAAAUCCAUCCCUCUGUCACAUUCAUAUAUGGAAAGACCAGUAUGGCAACAUGUGACACACUGCUCUAAAAACAGACUUAGCACUCUUCAGAUGAUUCUUUAAACAAUGUUGCCCAGCUGAGGAAACCCAAAGGACAUUUGAUCACAGGCGUCCAGGAAUUAUUUGAAGGGAAGGGACCCGGAAACUGAUCAUCACAAGAUAUUUUGCCUAAAGUUUAUCCUCCUUGAAUAGCUGGGAGAUGAGCACUUCGCUGACUUAUAACUCCUUGUCCAAACAGCAGCAAACUAUGGAUAAUCUAGAGAAACAGCUAAUUUGCCCAAUAUGUCUAGAAAUGUUCUCCAAACCAGUGGUAAUUCUUCCUUGCCAACAUAACUUGUGCAGGAAAUGUGCCAGUGAUAUUUUUCAGGUAAGAAAUUAAAAACAUUGUAUGAAUGAUGACAUGCUAUUCACAAACUAGCCUAAAGAACUGAAAUUAACCAUUGGAAAAAAAUCUGUAAUCUAUAACAUGCUAACCAUAUUAUAUAUUUCUUCUACUUGCUUCUAAAGUCAAACUUCCAUUUUCUAAUUACUUUUAAUAGUUUGUAAGCAAUUUUACUAAUACUUUUUAUGCAUUGUUCCAUUUUGCUUUCCAUACAAAAGAGAGAUUUAAAAAAUACAUAUUUGCUAGCAGCUGUUUUGGCAUUUAACUAAUCUGACAUGUAUUGAGGUUUUAGAGAACAUACAAUAUGCAGUAGGAGUGUAACACCUGGUUUGUGAAGUGCAUAGCGGGAAUAACUAGAAACAAAUCAUGAUAAUGAGAACAAAAGCUAACCUCAAGGCAUAAUGAAGUAAAUGUACCAAAUAGUAACAUUGUCCAAAGUGAGUGAAUUAACACAAAUAGGGUGUACCAUGAGUCUAUGACUGAGAAUCUGAUAAGGUCAUUUAACCAACUGACUCACAGUUAAUUUAAUGGUGUUACGUUUUAUAAGGUAGAUUUUGUUACCUGUUUUUGUUACAACAUGAGUGUUUUGCAUUAUUUUUCCAAUAUGUCUAUUAAGUGUUGCUUUGUAUGAUACAUGCCAUAAAUUAAACCUUGACAAAUAAUGUUACAACAUGUCUUCUUCAUAUCCUGGCCUUUUUAAAACUUAUGUCUGAAUUUGAAUACUCUGCUUAUAAUGCUCCAUGUCGGUAUGCAGAUGUUAAGUAAGCUAUUCCAUUUUAAAAUCUUCAGCAUCCCUAAAUAUAAAUAAAUUGACACACAAGGCCGUCAGUUAACUUUAAAGUGUUAAAUAUAGAUUAGCACCCUUCCUUCAUUUAUACAGUUGUCACCUGGCAAAAGACCCGAAACAAGAUUUAUUUUAGAGGACUGCUUACCAUGCAUUUGUAGGGUUAAGGCCUCUGCAACUCAGUAACCAAUAAUAACAGUAUGACACUUAAAGAGAAAUUAGCUUGAAUCACCUUGAAAGUUUUAGAGAAGAAAAGUAAUCAAUAAACAAGAAUGAAGGAGAACAACAAAGCAAUCCGCGGUAGGCAGGAUUUAGUGCACAGUCUGAAUGAGUCACAAAUGUCAGGGAUUCCACGUUAUACAUUAAUCUUGGUGAAGUUAAAAGACAAAAUUUAUCAUAGACCCAAAGGAGUAUAUCUAAAUCUGGAACAGAUAGAGAUACAACAAAUGAAUAGAACUUUCAUUUUGUUAAUGCAUUUUUUAAAUACAUCUAGAUCAAUGAUGCAAAACUUGAAUCCCAUGGGACAUAUGUGGUCCACUCCAGAGUACCCAAAAAACAAAAUGUUCUGCUAUAUUUCAGUGUAUUAUAUCAUAUGUCAUUGAGUUAAUAUGUUCCCAUCCCCUGCUUGUUCUUCCAGUUUAAAUAAGGAAUAUACAUUUCCAAAAAGUUUGACAAGUCUGAUCUAAUAACAAAGUAAAUGUGACUAGUAACCUUUUAAAGAAUAUUUAAACUUUUUUCUAGGGUAUCUUGUGAUUUGCUAAAGCAAACCAUCAUCAGUGACACUUGCUUUCCAAAUUAGGGGAUUGCAUCACUUCCUUUUAAGUCCUAUAUCAUAAAGGAAGUGAUAAAAUGUUCUUUACUGUAUCUUACAUCAUUUCCUGUUAACACAUUGUGGAGGAUGUGAGGGUAAAGAAGCCGUGUUUAUGACGUGUACUUCUGUUCAUAAUUUUAUAGCAAGACAGGAGGCUUUAUGUUUGCUUUACCUUCUUUACUGAAAACCUCCAGCAGCAAAGAAAUAGUUAAUAUAACUUUUCAGAAUAACCAAUCAGAACAAAAUAACAGCAGUAUAAAGCCACUAAGGCAGACCCUCCCACAUCCUCUUUCUUUGCUGCUGCCUCCAGGUGAGCCCUAUCCAACUCAGAGACGGUAUCUGCUCUGGGUUUUGUUUGUUUCAUACUGAUAUUGUUUGUGCUUAGCUGUAUAGUUAUUUUAUUAUAUGUGUUGUAUAUAUUAAUGCUGUAUUGGGUUGUUGUGGGUGCAUGCACUGUGUCGCUUGGGCUGCCUGAAUCCCUGGGGUUUCCCCUUGAACCACUCCUGGCUGGCACUCACGCUGGGCGCUCCCACUGCACCUUCAGGAUACCGCCACAACACUUCCCUGCUUUUCACGCUUGUGGCACUCAGCUGCUCUCCUAUGGCUCAGCCGCAGCCCUCUGCGAUACCGCAAGGUAGGCCUUGCUGGAUUUUCAUGGCUGGACUGUUGCCAGCCUCCCCUGCCCCUUUUCUCUCCACAUAGGGCGUUCUCCCUCCUUAGGUAAAUGCUCCACUGUGGAGCUAGGCCUCAGGCCUAUUUAUACAUGGGGUGACCCCCCCCUUUAUGAUUAUAUAAUACUGGUACUCUGUACCCAAUAUCUAUAGCCCUUGCUGGGCCUCACUAGUGUGCCUGUGGCACUUUCUGGGCUAGGUGACCCCCUCCCUCCAACGGUACUUUGGAACCUGGGCCUAAGACACUUAAUCUGAGGGUGACCCCCUCCUUUUCAUGGUCUAUUUCGCAUGAUAUGCUUGUGCUUGUUUGGGUGACCCCCUCUCGCAUGCUGGAUGACCCCCAACCGGCCUUGCCUGGGUACCACACUGACUGUACCUUAGUAUUGUUUUAGUGUCAUCAGUCAUGACCGAUGAAUCUGGUUUCCACACACCCGUGGGCCUUCAAGCCUGGUUAUGUGCCAUACUGAUGGAUUCGCUGCCAAAAGCCCUUGCUACUCUCCAGGGGAACGCUCAUCCUGCCCCUAUGGAACCACCACCUGGCACUUCUGGGGCUCUGGACUCCAACUCAGACGGUGCCCUCCACUCUGCCGACAUGGGCUCUGCACGCAAUAGACCUUGGACAGGUCACGGCGCUGUCGUUUGUAAGGCAAAAAUGCUGGCCAAGCUGGCCAGAUCCAGAUCCGGUUCCAGCGGUCGUCUGGGCGAAGACGCGCGUUCUGGGACACCUGGCUAUAAUGUCCUGGAUGAGAUUGGACCCCUCUGGUCACCUGCUCUUUGACCCAUGUCUCCUCAAACAUCCUCGUUCCGCAGAAUGGGCUUCACCUGACCACAUAGCGUAGAUUCUCCGUUACUGGCUUUGCCAUCCUUUGGACAAGGAGGUCCGGGCAAAACUACGGGCUGAAUGCACCCGUCCGACACUGCCAGAUAAGAUGGCUCUUACCCCUGAUUUCAACCAGGUGUUUGACAUCUUCAUGACGAGGUCUGGGAAGGACCCUGGCAAAGGCCUGGAUCAGGGCCUAUGCUCGGCUCAGAAUAAACUGUUCAAUCUCAGUGGUUCGCUGACGCAGAUUUUCCUGAUGGCGAUUGAUGCCCUACAUGGUUUAGCUCCAGUGGACGCUCAUCUCCUGCGGGAGUGGAGGCUAUGUCAAUGUGGCCCUAAACUCAUAAAGCUGCAAGGAGGCCCUAUACAAGCUGGAUGGCAAACUGGCUGACUUGGCCUCUAAAGAAUUGGGUCCAGAUGCCAAAGGUCUCCUCUUCGGUGACGCCUUCAAGAAGGAGCUGAACCACCAUGUAUACAUUUAUACAUCUCUAAACAAGGCUCAACUGUCUUUCAAGGGGGUCUUACGGUCAAGGGUCCAUUUUUCCUCCAGGGCUGGAUAGCUGAGGGGCCGCGCCACCAGCAGAGCUGCCUUCAUGGGCACAAGGCCCCCACAUCUCGGAGUCGUUCUCAUUAUCCUCCUCCCAAUACCAGUAUCUGUUUCCCCGAGGGUCCUCCAGAGGCCGAGGAGCUGCCUCAACACAGGCAAGAUACGCAUCAGGCAAGAGUCAUUCCUCAUUUUCCAAACUUACCCAUUGCAGGCAGGCUGUCUCACUUUUUUCCUCAGUGAAGGGCUAUCACAGGAGAUCCAUGUGUUCUAUAGACUGUGUCUGGAUUUCGGAUCGAGUUUGUCAAACCUCCGAUAUAAGCUACCGCCCCACUGCCGAUACGUAUGGACAAGGAGGCUUCCGACAUGGUUCACUCGGAAAUACUAUCCCUGCUGGACAAGGGUGCAGUGCGCAGUGGAAAGGUGCAGUGGAAAGGGCGACCGGCCCCCCUCGCUUCUUGAGCAAUAUUUUCCUAGUAUGGAAGAAAACAUUAAAGUUCCGUCCUGUGAUCAACCUGCGUGCCCUCAACACGUAUGUCAUCUACUGACUCUUCAAGAUGGAGGGCAUCCAUCUGCUAAGAGACCUGCUGUGCGAGGGAGACUGGUUCUCCUGACUAGAUCUAAAGGACGCCUAUCUCAUGGUAACGAUCUACCGCAACGACAGGUGCUUCCUUCAGUUCCCCUGGCAAGCGAACAUCUGGCAGUUCACAUGCCUUCUGUUAGGUCUCAGUUCGGCUCCUUGGUGCUUCACCAAGUUGUUGAAGCCGGUCAUGGCCGGUCAUGGGGACUCUGAGGGCCAGAGGGAUCAGAUCAAUCAUCUAUCUGGAUGAUAUUCUGUUAAUGGCACAGGAUCCAGACAUCGCUCGCGAUCCACCUUCUCCAGGACCUGGGGUCUUUUUCCUUGCAGUGUAAUCUGGAUUUAUUCGGGUUAUGGCGGUUUUGUCUCUAGAUGUGCCUGUUACAGUUGGAUUCAUUUGGUCUUCAUGCUCUCCUGCUCGACCUCAUCAAAGAAAGAGGAAGUGGGAGGGUCUGCCUAAGUGGUUUUAUACUGCUGUUAUUUAUUUCUGAUUGGUUGUUCUGAAAAGUUAUAUUAACUAUUUCUUUGCUGCUUGAGGUUUUCAGUAAAGAAGGUAAAGCAAAUAUGAAGCCUCCUGUCUUAAAUAAAAGCCUAGAAUAAUCCCUAAUUGCAUUCCCUGAUCCAGCCAGACAAAAAUAAUGUUGAAAACAUCGUUAGUUGGAUCAUCUGUAAUUUGUACCGGUCCUUUUUUACUUAAAGGAUUAUCUCUCCUGUACAAACACUGAUCAGCCACAACAUUAAAGGGACACUAUAGUCACCAGAACAACUACAGGUUAUUGUAUUUGUUCUCAAGAGUAUAUUCAUUCCCUUCAGGCUUUUUGCAGUAUACACUGUCUUUUCAGAGAAAAUGCAGUGUUUACAACAGCCUAGUGAUAACUCCACUGGCCACUGCUCCUGGCUGCUAGAAGUGCUUCCUGGGGCAGUUCUGCACAGUGAGCAGCACUGACAUUCAGUGUCUCCACCCUCUGCAUGAAGACACUGAACUCUCCUCACAGAGAUGCAUUGAUUCAAUACAUCUCUAUGAGGAUAUACUGAUUGGCUAGGUCUUGUGCUGGGUCUGCCUCUGAUCUGCCUCCUUGACAAUCCAGAGCAUAACACUGUCUCUGCCGGCUUGCCUUCUUACCAUGGUGCAUCCUGCUGCCAUCUCUUGCUCAGGUAAACAGCGCACAUGCAUCCAGCCAGCCACCUGAUCUUAAAUAAAAUGAAUUCAUCAUACCAGGCAACCUGUUCCAUUGCUCUAUGAUCCAGUUCUGAUGCUCACGUCCCCAUUGAAGGUGCUUUUAACAGGGGUCAACAUGGGCACUCUGACUGGUCUGUGGCUACACAGCUCCAUAUUCAGCAAACUACAAUACACAUUGUAUUCUGAUACCUUUCUAUCAUGCAUUAGGUUUUCCAGCCAUUUCAGCUACAGUUCUGCUGUGUUUUAUCAGACCUGACAUGCUAGCCUUCACUCCCCACGUGCAUCAAUGAGCCUUGGGCACCCGUGACCCUGAUGCUGGUUAACCAAUUGUCCUUCCUUCACCACAUUUGGUAGACACUGACCACUGCAUACCAUGAACACCCCAUAAGACUUGCCGUUUUGGAGAUGCUCUGAUCCAGUCGUCAAGCCAUCACUAUAUGGCCCUUGUCAAAGUCACUUGAAUCUUUUUGCUUGCCCGUUUUUCCUGCUUCCAACACAUGAAAUACACAAGCUGACUGUUCACUUGCUGCCUAAUAUAUUUCACCCCUUGACAGGUGCCAUUGUAAUGAUAUAAUCAAUGUUUAUAUAUCACUUCACCUAACAGCUUGCUGAAUAGACUGUACAGAGUGCCCAUGAUGACCCCUGUCCACUGCCAAAAGUGCCUUCAGUGGGAAAGUGAGCAUCAGAACUGAAUCCUCAAACAAUAGAAGAAGGUUUCCUGGUCUGAUGAAUCACAUUUUAUUUUAGAUCAGGUUGAUGGCUGGGUGCGUGUUCAUUGUUUGCUUGGGGAAGAAAUAGCAGUAAAAUGCACUAUUGGAAGAAGGCAGGCUGGCAGAGGCAGUGUGUAGAGGCAAUGUGCUCUGCCGGGAAACCUUCAGUCUUUGAUGUGGAUAUUACUUUACCACCUACCUAGAGAUUUUUGCAGACCACAUACAUGGCAAUGGUGUUCCCUGAUGGCUGUUGCCUUCUUCAGCAGGAUAAUGCUCCCUGCCACACUGCAAAGAAAUUUAAGGAAUGGUUUAAGGAACAUGUCAAAGAGCUCAAGGUGUUGCAUUGGCUUACAAAUUCCCCAAUCUCAAUCCAAGAUUUGUGUGGUGUGCUGGAACAACAAAUCUGAUCUACAGAUACCUCACCUUGCAACUUGCAGGGCUUAAAGUAUCUGCUGCUAAUGUCUUAACAACAGAUACCACAGGACAUGUACAGAGGUCUCGGUGAGUCCAUGCCUCGGCGCAUCAGGGCUGUUUAAGCAGCACAAAUGGGACCUACAUGAUUUUAGACAGGUAGUUUUAAUGUUGUGGCUGAUCAAUGUUUAUGAUAUUAUUGCAGAAACAAAAAAAACACAAACAAACAAACAAACAAAAAAAAGCCUUUCUGUCCCUCUCUUCUGCAAUCUGAUGCCUAGCCAACCUAUGAUAAAGGAUUGGGUUCUAUGUAAAUCUAUAUUAUAAAGACCAACACAGAUGAAAAGUAUGUUGACAUUACUUAACAAUCAUAUUUUGUAGAUUGUAUUGCUUAAAUAAAAUUUAUAAAAGUAUAUUCUACACACUUUAACAAUGUAAGUGUUAGGUGUAGAUUUAUGAACUUGCUUUAUUUAUAAUAAUAUAACUGUUGUAUUACCAAAAAUAAAAAUGAAUCGAUAUGAAGACCUAUUGGAUAAAUAAUUAUAUCUUGAUUACAAAAAAAAAAUGGAAAUGUCUCACACUUUUUUUUUUUAUAUUUGGCAAGAACAGGCAGCCAAUCCAUACCUGCCAACAAGAGGAGGAAACACUGUGGCUUCUGGAGGGCGUUUUCGCUGCCCCUCUUGCAGACACGAAGUUAUACUGGACAGACAUGGGGUGUAUGGACUACAGAGAAAUCUACUGGUGGAAAAUAUCAUUGAUAUUUAUAAACAGGAGUCUACAAGGUAAUAAUAUGUCUGUGGUCAUGGGACUUUAUAUGCACUGGUUCCUAGACCAGUCCUCAUUACCAACCAACAAUUCAGGAUUUAUGUAUUUCCUGUUUUAUUCCAAUGGAGAUACUGACAAAACCUGGACUGUUGGUGGGUCUUGAGGACUGGUUUGAUAAACACUGCUCUAUACACAAAAACAUAACAAAUAUGUGUAUCUGCCAUUUGUAUGAACUUACAUUGUUUUCUAGGUUUACUAUAAUGUGUUAUAUGAAGAUACAAGUAGGGGAUGUAUUAAAACAUAAUACAGAGAUGUUUUCCUGUUUGUGCAUGGAAUGUUUGCUACAAUAUGGAGAAGUUUUAUGUCACUCUCAGUGUGAGGCAAGGCUGUCCAGGGAUCGAGUUCAUUUUUUUUCACCCUUCCAUUGUUAGCCCUGAAUUCCCUGUAAAAUCUCCAAUUACAUAAUUUGUGACAGUUCAACUUUAAUUGCAACAUAUUUGGAGUUAGAGGAACACUCCAAGCAUCAUAUCCACCACAGCCUCCGUUAAUGGUAAUGGUACCAGUAGUGUCCUGGUCCCAUCCCAGAUUAUUUUUUUAAAUCAUUUUCAAAUGAUCCUGCUUUUGUAUUUUUCUUGCAGGGGAAUCCAUAGAGCUUCACUAAGUUGAGCAGUGCCAUGCAGGGUCACAUUUAGUGGCUGAGGGCAUCAACUGAUAACUCUCAGUUAAUGUGCCCAGUCCUGUUUCAAACCUGCUCCAGCUCAAUGAAGACAUCCAGCUUCUCUUGCAGGAGAAGUCUGAUAUGAUGUGGAUACUCAGGGUAGCCAGGUACAUUGUAAAUUGUUCUAAAAAAGUUUGAAAAAUUGCUCUGGGAGGAAACCAGGACAUUCCUGGGAGCAGGGCUUCCCAAACACAGCACAAUUUCUAGGCCCCAGGGCUCAUCCCAACUCCACAACCCAUGCCACCACUAUCCCGCAGGCACUUAGAGCUGGGGUCAGCUCCGUCUCCGUUUUACCCCCAGCUCCAUCUCCCUCACCCCAGCUUUCUCUCUCUCCUCUCCAACGCCCUCUCUCAUCUCCCUCUCACCCACAACUUUCUCUCUCUUCUCCAGCAUCACAGGGCAGCUCUGUCCUGCGGCUCCCGUGUGGUGUGCUGUUGGAGGAAGCACUACUGAGUGAGUUUAGGGGCUUAAAACAUUUCCUGAUCAGUAGCUGCCUUCCUCAUACACUGCACUGUGAAGGAACUGGUGUCUGUGGAAAGACAAGACCAACUCCUUCACAGAUACAUUCAACAACCAUUGCAGCUUCCCCACUCCAAAAUCUGUGGCUGUGCGAGGAACUACUGGCUGUUGCUGCUUCUUGCACCUCCAGAGAGUGGGAGACCAUCUGCAGCCCAGACAGCGGAUAUACUAGUAUGGGGUGUACCUCCCUGAUGGCAGCCCUGCCCGGGACCAUAACCACUACAGCAGUUGUGAUACUUGGGAAAGUUCUUUAGUUAUAUAACACAGUGUUAGGAUGGCUGCAGAAUGUUUAAGCAAUGGGUGUGGGUUUAACCCUCUAAGGACACAACUUCUGAAAUAAAAAGGAAUCAUGACGGAAUAGUUCCAUCAUGUGUCCUUAAGGGGUUAAUGCAGCAUAUUUGGAGUCAAUACUGCAGGUGCAGGGUUAAUACAGCAUGGUGUGGUGUUAACAGGAAAUGAGUUGGGACGUUUAUAAAUAUAGGUUUAUAUAAAACUGUGAAUUCAUUUAAGACUGUUGGUGUCAUAAUGUGAUAUGAUUCAUAAAACAUGUUAGGGUUUAGUGUUACACAUGCGCAUAACAUAUGCUAGGGGCUUUGGGAGAGGCUUAAAGGAACACUCUGGGCACCAACAUACUUACAAUUGGUUAUGGCCAUUUCCUCAUGCUCUCUUCAUAAAAAAAAAAAUAAUGAAUGAAUAUAAAGGAAACACAAAUGUUUUGCAGCAAUCUGCAGCAGAACCCUGUUCCUUUAUCCACGUUCCCUCUUAGUUAAAAAGAAAUUUCUUUAAUAGAUAUAUUCUUAGUACAUACUCAGCUCAGUCAAUGCAAAAUCAGUGUGAGCUGAGAUGCCGACUUAACUCCAUGCCCACAGCCAAUCACUGCCCCAAGCUGAGCUAAGAGGAAAAUUUUGAAAUAAUAAAAGGACAGUGAUUGGCUAUGGGACAGAGUAAUAUAAGCUAUUCAAAACAAGAUGCUUUGUGGAAAAUGGGAGCAUGAUUAAAGAUGCAGGGUUAUGAUGCAGAAAGGUGUAAAAUCUACUUCUUUCAUUUUUUGGAAAAUUAAUUAGAUUUAAUAUAAAUAAACACACAACAUGAAUAUGAGACCAACAUCAAUCAAAUCCACUUGUUAUGUUGUUGCUCGGAGUAUGAUUGGAGUGACAUGGAGUCUCAUGCAGCGCAUAGCUUUAAUGCCUGUUGACAGCAUACAUACAUUAGAAGUACCAGCAGGAUUAAAUCCAUAAUGAUGCCAAGGAGCCCCAGGUAUCAUUGGAUACCUGAGAGUCCCCCCGUCAGCUGAGGCCAAAGUUAGUGGCCCCAGACUGACAGAUAAGCUAUGUGCAGCACCUUUUAAAUCCAUUUAAAUACCGCAGCUAAGCGAUCAUGCUCAGCUGUAGUGACUGUAAGUCUACCCAAUCUGAAACAGCAAGACCCAGAUAUCUUUUGAUACCUAGUGGUCCUCUCUGUCAUCUGAAGCUACAGAUAGUGGCCCCAGACUGACAAAUGAGCUAUGAGCAGUGUCAAAAUGAGCGCUGCACAUGGCCCUUUAAAUCACUUCGGUUAAGAUAUCAUGCUAAGCCAUGAUGAUUCGGAGUCUUCUACAAUGAUGAGGGAGGCCCCAGGGUUUGAAAAGACCCAGUGAAGUCUCAGUUCUUGCCCCUCUGCCCAGUUAUUGGAGCUGGGCUUUAGUGGUUGGAGUAGGGAUAGGAUUAGGGGAAGAGGUAUACAUGUGGGGUAUCAUUGUACUAGAGAGCAGUAGCAGAAGACAAAUAUGGGAUUUACAGUAAUGGGACAAAUGUGGUCUGUGAAUUUCCCCAAAAUAAAAUAAAAGUGUGAAAAAAAAAAUAUUGUGAUUGAAGUUCAUGAUAAAUAAUAAAACAAAAAGAAUCGUAAUGCUCUCCUAAAUAGCCAGGGUGAUCUGCUUUCCUCAAAUAUAUUCUUUCGGUAGUGUUUUUGGAUUCUGUGCUCUUUGCAAUAUUGAUUUUAGAAUUUCUAAUAAUGUAUUAUAAUCCUAGACAUAUUGGUUAUUUUAAUAAUCAGGACUAAUUAGUGAAUCUAUUUUCAAUUAGUUUUCUAUAGGUGCACUUACUGUGUACAAAUGAUUAAUAUUAAAUAAUAAUGUUUGAAUAUUUUAUUCAUAUUUAUUAUUGUGUUAUGUUUACAUAUAUGGUUUUAAAACAAAAGCCCUAUUUCUCUUUUACACAAUGAGGUAUAAUAUGUAUGCAGUUAAAACAGGUUGAAAUUUGUGGUAGAAUUAACGCAUGGCAAAAGUGUGAAAAAGACCUUGGUCACAAACGUGUUGCAUCUCAAGAGAGCCUUGGUCCUUAGGAGGUUACGUCAUUACAUGUGUCAUGGGUUAUCAAACAUAUGCUUGGGCAGAAGUCCCUGGUCUUUUUACCACCAUAUCAUGGUGGUGUAAAACAGGACUAUCCCACUGAAUCUUGGUUUGAACAGGACAGUCCUGAUUUAUGUAAUUAAAUAUGCAAGUAACUAAAUUGGCCAUGCUAACAGGGUUUAGUUUUUGGAUGAGUGCAUUGAAGGCCACCAAUGAACAUGAAGAACCAGGAGAUUUGUUUUGGAGAAUAUUGUUUAUCAGCUGUGUUCCUUUGACUAGAGGAAAACAUAAGGUCGUCUCAAAUAGAGUUUGUUAGGUCAAGCUAUCAAGCUAUGAAAAGCACAGCUGUGUCCUGCGAUAACACUCAGUUUUCAAACCUGGGAACCCUGGGUUUUUGGCUCUGUCUCAUUGUUUAUAUUCCAAUCUGUGGGCCUCCUUUUGCCUGCCAGAUAAUUCGCAGUUUCAGACGGUACAGCCGUGUCACACAUUGAUUUACUGUUUUCAUAACACCCCUCAGACCUUGUCUCCAUUAAGGUGUUUUGGCUAAAGCAAGCUCACUAGUAUAGGUGGAUAUUUCAAAUCUUCCCGGUGAUUUUCAUAAAGUUAUACAGUAUAUUCAAUGUACAAGCUUUUGUGUGACCCUCGCCUCAACCAAUAAAAUAAAUGGGUUUACUGAUGUGAAGUUGACGUUAGAAUAAUUACUAGAACAGACAGAAUAAAGACAUUCAAGUCAGAAAAGCAGAGAUCAGGAAUUCAAAUUUAGAAAAUGGACUCAUACACCCAACACAAACACACAUGAUUUGCUGCAGUAACCUAAUAAGAUUGUGACCAGUGAGUCUGACACAUAAAUAUGCACGUACAUACCAGUUGCUGCGAUUUCACAACACCUUCCCACUUACGCCAGCAAAACAUACAAUUUCAACUAAAGCUGUUAGUUAUACCGCAAUGAUCCUGCUAAUGAACCUGAGGUCUUUUGUCUUGAAGCCAAGUAUUUCUCGGUUUGUCAAUAAAUGUGUCAAUACAUGUUGUAAACAUUGCUGUCAGGUGCUACUGGUUUCGUUGGGACAUCACCUGUUUACAAGAGGAAAUAUGAGAGAGGGAGCAACAGAUGGGCAGCAUCAUCAUCUGAUCGGUGUCCAAGUUUUAUAAAUAUCCCUCUUUGAUUUACAAAAUACCUAGGGUAUUAUGUAAGCUUCGAGCUAUACAGUCUUUUAGAUUUAAUUUUAGUUAUCCAUCAAUUGGUGGGAUAACUUUAGAACAGAGGUUGCAAAAUAGUCUCUCUAUAGUUUAGUGACCUUGGUCCAAGCUGAUACAUCAAGCUGAUCAAGAAUAAAAUAAAUAAAUAAAUAUAUAUAUAUAUAUACUUUAGUAGGGCUGGCUUUUGGGUAUUGUGAGCUGUAUAGGUCCAUUGCACCCAUUGUACAGCACUACGGAAUCUGAUGACGCUAUAUAAAUAAUAAUAAUAAUAAUUGGCAAAAGCACCUAUCUACAGGUGUCACAUGGAGUUUGAUGGAGUUUCGGCAAAAUAAAGCCAAUUAAAAUUUCUGGUUAGGGGGGAAACUUAAAUUUUAUCAUUGGUGGACUGUCUACGGGUGAAGGUGGGAGUUGAGGGCAGAAGAAAAGAACUUUAUUUACAGUUCUUCCUUUUGUGACAGCUUGGUCAAUAACAGAAGUGCAGGCAGAUAUAUUAGACUUUACAGUCAUAACAACCCCACCUGCAUAACCACCUGUAUGUAUCUCCAAGCUGCAGAGUGCAAAGAUUACCCAUCCUUUGAUUAAAAAUAAAUGUGCAAAAUUAACUGUAUUAAAGGAGAUUUUUUUUUAACAUAUGUAUAAAUCCGUGCAAAACAAAGACACUGUAACGAACGCUGGUAUUUUGUAUACCCAUUUGUUUGGUUCCUCCCGAACUGCUAGGUACUUAGUGAUUAUAGCUCGCAGUUCAGGCGCUGAGUUGUACAUUCCCCAGGAAUCCAAGUGCAACAUACAAGUAAAUUCCGCUGUUCAGCGGUCACAUACCCAAACAUCAGUCAAGACUAGAUGAAGGGUACAACAACUCUGUUUAUUAUGCCACACACAGCUUUUAUGCAUAACUCCAUGCAAGAGGUCUUCUACCCAACCAACCAGGGGUUUCUAUCCCAGGAGCCUCUGUACCUGGGAGCCAAGGUGUGGGAAAAGGGACCUAGUCUCUUUGUCUCCCAGGUACAGAAAGCCCCCCACUCAUGAAAAGGAUCUCCCACACCAAACAACAAGGGGUCUUCAUCCCAGGAUCCUCUGUGUCUGGGACCCAAGGUGCAGGAAAAGAGACUGUCUCUUUAUAUCCCAGGCACAAAGCCUGCCAAAAUAGCCAGUGCCCCAAAUGUGUCCCACUAACCUCAGGACCCCUCACACAGGUGCAUUUCCUCAACCAGUCUCCGUUCGUGAGGUUCCUGUGCGAAACUCCUGCAAGGGAAGCAUCUCCUUUCGGGAUACGAAUGCUCCCCCUGAUUGGCGUUCGUCUAUACGAAAUGGUGGUCACCCAGGGGAGCACUCAUUAAUUACUUCCCAUGCGGUUUCGCACUUAUGUUACAGGUGUGAACGUUCUAAUUGAUUAGUGGGAACAUUCUAAUGGGGCACAGGGGUGGUCCCAAAAACUGACAAACGGGUUCCAUUGGUAUGAACGCUCCUGAACGGGGAAACAGGGCAUAGCACACGAAAAGGCAGGGAAAUACACAGGGAAAAUAUACGAAUGGACAUGCACAUUGAUGAACAGAGGUUCUGCCGCAGGCACCAAGUCUGUAGUUUCUUUACAGACACGUAGGGUAGUUGGGAUGGACUAGCACUGUAGAAAAGAUGGUCAAGGUGUCUUGGGGUUCCAUAGUGUCUGAAACCAACCUAAAUUUUUUCUCUACAGUGUGGUCAGGAGUGUGGCCAGGUACGGAGCAACAGGAACCUUUUCUGCACAGGGUGCCAGAAAGUCUUAAACCAAAUUAAUUUGGAAGGAAUCAAACAAAUAUUCAGUAAAAUAAAUAACAGUGAGCUGGUAUUAAUAUUUCUUUAGAUAAUGUUAAUGUUUCAAAUAUUGUUAACCUUAUGAACACAUAAAAGAACAGAGUAAUCAAAAGGAAUCCGCGAAUAGCACUUUGGGGUUCCAUGGUGGGGUUGGUAGACAUGAGUACAGACUGAAGUAGUUAUCCAUCCACGUGUUUUGCAAUCUGGGAGUAGUGUCUUUAGCAGACAGGUGCAUCUGUGUAUUGUAUAAGGCAGUGUCCUGAGGUGGGUGGUACCCUACACUGGUUUACACUUGCAAGUUAUUUUUGGGACACUGCUCAGAUGGAUAUGUCGCUAGAGUUCUCUGUUAUGGAGGUAAUUACAGUGUGUUUACACAUUUCCCUAAUACCCACCCAAUACAAAAUAAGUGACAUAUCCAGCUAAAGACUCCCAGCACACCACAAGGUCCAGGCGUCUCAUCACACAUACUACACAAAAUCAUUACUACCUUAAAAUGACCUUAUAGUCACCAGAAAAACUACAGCUUAAUGUAGUUGUUCUGGUGAGCAUAGUCAGUCCCUGCAGCCUUUUUGCUGUAAACACUGUCUUUUCAGAGAAAAGUCAGUGUUUACAUUACAGCCUAGAGAUAACUAAACUGGCACUCGUCAGGUGGCUACUAGAUGUUCUUCUUGGGGCAGUGCUGCAUACUAUGCAGCCCUGACAUUCAGAGUGCCCCCCCCCCUGCAUGGAGACACUGAACUUUACUCAUCGAAAUGCAUUUAGGAGAUGCUGAUUGGCCAGGGAGGUGUUUGUUUCUACGCCCUUUUGUCCCCCUGCCUGCCUCCUUGACUGAGAUCAUCAGAAUUGACUUUCUCUGCCAAUCCAAUCCUAUGGGUUGGCUGAAAUGAUCACUUCUGUUCAUGUCAGCCAAGGAGGCGAAUCAGGGGCAGAGCCAGCACUAGAAGACAUGUUUGUGUUCCUGACCCUAUAGUGCUCCUUUAAAAUCACUUUACUCCAUUUUAUGGUAAAAUUACCUGAUGUCUUGCUAUACUUGACUAGGUCCUGCUUGGCUUGAAACCUUUUUUAAAGAGAGAGCAUUGUAAAUUUAGCCUAUUUCAUGCAAGCAUAUUAUCCAUAACCUGCAACCUCAACAAUGAAAUUAUUUAAGGCUGAGGUGAAACUUACUGUUUAUGACAUAUCAUUUCAAACUUGUGUUUUAAGUUAUGUAUCACAAUAUGUAUCACAUUUCACUUUUGAGUCCUGCGAGAUCCAAUGUAUCCUUUCUCUGUUUUUCAAUGAAUGUUUCUUGCAAUAAAAACAUAUUUAAAAGGAAUCUGCAAUACAAUACUUGUAGAAAGGACCAGGCCAGGUCCAAUACAUAGAAAAAGCAGAGGGAGACUCUGGUCAGCUCCACUGAGCUAAACAGGACCAUACAGGACAGCUUGUGUCAGUUAAGCGCUCUCAGCCAAUGAGGGAGGUCCUGUUUUGGACCUCCUAAUCUCAGUUAAGACAUCUGGCCUGGCCUGCAGGAGAAGUACAAAUGUGGACCAGGAGCUCAGAGGACACAGGGGUGUUUUCAAACCAUUUAAAAACAUUUUGACACAUUACUCUGUAAAUUCUGUAGGGCACUCCUUAUACCAUAACCACUACAAUAAAAAAAAAAGCUGAAGUGUUAACGGAUUUGGAGUGUUUCUUUAAGCUUUGGAAUUGUCACCACUAGGCUAUAAACAAGUCCUAACAAGUAAUUUAUACAGUUAAAUAUGGGCACCUUUUUAGUUGGUCCAAUAGUGUUUUCCUUACUGAGAAAUGUACAAAUGUAAACUGCUAUAUAAUUUGGUCUGGAGAUAUAAUACACAGUAUAAGAGAACAUUGACACCGAAUUCCAGAUUUAGUGACUUUAUCCCUUGCCAACUCGAAACAUAAUUUACUACUAUAUGACGGCAUCUGAAUGUGUUAACCUAUUGCAUGUGUUCUUCAUUCAUGUGAUGAAUUGACUGAGAUUCCAAUUAUAAAACUCGUGUAAUUAUAAAACCUUAAGGCGUUUUAAGCAUUACAAAAAUUGUAUAUACGAUGCAGUAAUUAAGAAGAACAAGUGAGUGGGAACGAUCCCGAAACACCACUGUGGCGAUAAUUGGCUUCUACUCAGGAACCUAACUGCGCUGUGGUGUUUUUCCUUUGCAAGAAUUGUAUUACUGUAUAAGCCAUUAAUAUACUGGUACGUGUCAUUACUCUCACACACAUGUGCUGGGACCAUUGUUAGCUAUUGUUUUUCCUGUAGGUCUUUACAAUUCUCUGAUGAGUAGCCAUACAUUAUUGGGAAUCUCAUGGGAAGAAACUGUAUUCCUAACACGAUUGUGCACCCUGCCCACUACCCCCCUCCCAGCGUAAAAAAAACAUUUUAAACACUUACCCGAUACCAACGCAGGUGUUCCUAAGCACUGAGUCGUACUCCUCCCCCACUGACAUCAGCCGAUUGGUGGGACGUGUGCAUUAGGCCUUCCCCAAUGUAAAGCAUUGCCUCAAUGCUUUCCUCUGUGGCUUUCUAGAUGGUGGAUGUCCUCACAUUGUGCAUGUCCAGUGUCAUUUCACAAAAUCCAACUCGAUGAAACUGCAGAGAGCACCUCUAGUGGCUGCCUAGUAAGCCUUGCAGUUUCUCUCUGUGUUAUAUAUUGCGGGGUUAAGGGAACAGGCACAUUGUACUUACAUUGCAAAUGUAACAGUAUCCCGCUGCUUUAACCCUGUGUACACUGUGUGCUGACAGCUCAUGGAGAAGCUGACAUAUUUCAUAACAGCAGCAACAUUUACUAGAAAGCUAAAGUUGUCAUAGUAGGAGCACUACUGAAGAUGGGAUCAAAAAAAGGAGAGCUAAGAGAGGGCUAGGAAGAUAGAAGUUAGACAGAGAGCAUUAUACAUAAACAUGCUCUGUGUGAGAUUCUUUGUAUUGAGCUCUGUAUAAUCAUACACAGUGAUCCUUGCUGUGUGGGAUAGUCAUGGUAUAUCUUUAUUGUGCCCAAUUUGGUGUGUUAUUUCUCUGUAUUUUACUCAGCUCUAUCUGUUGUACGGGUAUCUGUAUAGUCUACCCAGCUGUGUAUUUUAUAGGUAUCUGUGUAUUGUAUCUCUACAUGCCCAGCACGUUUUAUUGUAUGAGUAUCUAUUAUUAUGUUCAACUCUGUGUAUUGUAUGAGUAUCUUUUAUUAUGUUCAGCUCUGUGUAUUGUAUGGGUAUCUUUUAUUAUGUUCAGCUCUGUGUAUUCUAUGAGUAUCUAUUAUUAUGUUCAGCUCUGUGUAUUGUAUGAGUAUAUUUUAUUAUGUUCAGCUCUGUGUAUUGUAUGAGUAUAUUUUAUUAUGUUCAGCUCUGUGUAUUGUAUGAGUAUAUUUUAUUAUGUUCAACUAUGUGUAUUGUAUGAGUAUAUUUUAUUAUUUUCAACUCUGUGUAUUGUAUGAGUAUCUUUUAUUAUGUGCAGCUCUGUGUAUUGUAUGAGUAUCUUUUAUUAUGCUCAGCUCUGUGUAUUGUAUGAGUAUAUUUUAUUAUGUUCAGCUCUGUGUAUUGUAUGAGUAUAUUUUAUUAUGUUCAGCUCUGUGUAUUGUAUGAGUAUCUAUUAUUAUGUUCAACUCUGUGUAUUGUAUGAGUAUAUUUUAUUAUUUUCAACUCUGUGUAUUGUAUGAGUAUCUUUUAUUAUGCUCAGCUCUGUGUAUUGUAUGAAUAUCUUUUAUUAUGUUCAGCUCUGUGUAUUGUAUGAGUAUAUUUUAUUAUGUUCAACUCUGUGUAUUGUAUGAAUAUCUUUUAUUAUGUUCAGCUCUGUAUAUUGUAUGAAUAUCUAUUAUUAUGUUCAACUAUGUGUAUUGUAUGAGUAUAUUUUAUUAUGUUCAGCUCUGGGUAUUGUAUGAGUGUUUUUUAUUAUGUGCAGUUCUGUGUAUUGUAUGAGUAUCUUUUAUUAUGUUCAGCUCUGGGUAUUGUAUGAGUAUAUUUUAUUAUGUUCAGCUCUGUGUAUUGUAUGAGUAUCUUUUAUUAUGUUCAACUAUGUGUAUUGUAUGAGUAUUUUUUAUUAUGUUCAGCUCUGUGUAUUGUAUGAGUAUCUUUUAUUAUGUUCAACUAUGUGUAUUGUAUGAGUAUCUUUUAUUAUGUUCAGCUCUGUGUAAUGUAUGAGUAUCUUUUAUUAUGUUCAGCUCUGGGUAUUGUAUGAGUAUAUUUUAUUAUGUUCAGCUCUGUGUAUUGUAUGAGUAUCUUUUAUUAUGUUCAGCUGUGUGUAUUGUAUGAGUAUUUUUUAUUAUGUUCAGCUCUGUGUAUUGUAUGAGUAUCUUUUAUUAUGUUCAACUAUGUGUAUUGUAUGAGUAUAUUUUAUUAUGUUCAGCUCUGAGUAUUGUAUGAGUAUAUUUUAUUAUGUUCAGCUCUGUGUAAUGUAUGAGUAUCUUUUAUUAUGUUCAGCUCUGGGUAUUGUAUUAGUAUAUUUUAUUAUGUUCAGCUCUGUGUACUGUAUGAGUAUAUUUUAUUAUGUUCAGCUGUGUGUAUUGUAUGAGUAUUUUUUAUUAUGUUCAGCUCUGGGUAUUGUAUGAGUAUAUUUUAUUAUGUUCAGCUCUGGGUAUUGUAUGAGUAUAUUUUAUUAUGUUCAACUAUGUGUAUUGUAUGAGUAUAUUUUAUUAUGUUCAGCUCUGAGUAUUGUAUGAGUAUAUUUUAUUAUGUUCAGCUCUGUGUAAUGUAUGAGUAUCUUUUAUUAUGUUCAGCUGUGUGUAUUGUAUGAGUAUUUUUUAUUAUGUUCAGCUCUGGGUAUUGUAUGAGUAUAUUUUAUUAUGUUCAGCUCUGUGCAUUGUAUGAGUAUCUAUGUAUUUUGCUUAACUCCAUGUUGUGUUGGUAUCUUACUGUUGUAUGAGUUCUUUCUAUUAUAAGGGUAUCUUUGUAUUUUACCUAGCUUUGAGUAUUGCAUGGAUAUAUCUAUGUUAUAAGUAGCUAUCACCAGUGAAACACAAAGUCAAAAGGAUCUACUUGAAAUUAUUUUGCAAAACACUCGGUAUUAAAGCAUUUAAACAAAAUGACUUGGAAUGGAAUUUUUCCAUUUUGGCUUUUUUUUUUUACCUUAAAUUUGAAAUUCAAUUUGAAUCCAACUUGAGUUCUCAUUUUAUUGAAUAACAACCACCUAUAUGUCACUCAAACUGCAUGUUUGAUUUUCAUAGUAUGUAGGGAUCUGACUAGCAGAUUUAAAAGCUCUCUGGAACCUAAUUUUACAGAUUUCUACUUAUUAAAACUGUUACCUGAAUUAUGACUCCUGGGACCCUUUUAUGUGUUUCCUAAAAACAUGUACAGUUGUGUUAUUGGACAUUACAGGUUAAAAGGUAGAAACAGAAUAAUAUGUAAAGCUGAAAAAAAGGUGAUGAGUGCACACAAUAAAAGGAAAUUGUUGCCUCAUACAUACAUUCCUCUUGUUUUUGAAUAACAAAUAUUUCCUAUACAGAGAUAAAAAAAAAAGCACAACAUAGUGUAAUCUGUAUAUAUAUUCUGUGAGUAGGUGUCAGAAUUCAGACAUAAUAUACACGGGUACCCUAACCAGCUAGAUGGAAGUAUUCAAAAAGUGGACAAUGGAGCAGGUUUAAGAGGUAUAACGCAUCAAAACAUUUAUUUAUUCUUGCAAAUAUUACAUAAACUUGUGCAUUAAAAAAUAGCUCAUUAUAUUGGUGCCUGAGGUGUCCCUUUAAGAAAUUUACAGAAAGUCAUCAUACUCAAUUUAAGGGUGUACAAAAUCCUUAUAUUGCACACUUUUGCUAAUUCAGCUAUUUUACGUGUUUCGGUGAGUCAGCGAUUUUAAUGAGUACACCUUCCACUCAAACAUUCACAGUUUUUUUUCCGUGGGCUAUGAAGUGGAGGUGUUAAUAUUAUGACAUUUACUCAUUGGAUACCUCUCGAAGCAAGUGAUUAAUUAGAGCUUCACAAUUCUUUUCUUAACUUCACUCAAUAAAUAAUGUGAUAUUUAAAAAUUGAUCAUGUUCCCUUAGAGAGAUAAUAAAAUGUCACAACACUGAUUAAAAAAAGAGGCACACAGAGUGAAACACUGAAGUUAUUUGUACUUAAUGUUGGGAUCUCAUCCUCAAAUACAUUAACAUAUUUUACUUUCCUUUUCUACUUUCCAACUGCCUACACAAUGUUGUAUGAGAACUUUAGGUUUAAGAAAGUAAUGCAUUUUACAUAACUAGAGCUUCGAAAGAUAAAACAUUGCUAGGUUUUUCAGAGUUAGAUUUCACGGUUCGUCUAUAAAGCAUGAAUUUUAAAAUGGAACUGUUGCUUCAACUAUUGCUUCGAUGAUUUCUCCAUUAUGUCUUCUUAGCUCUAUAUUUAACAUACAGACACUCCUCAUAUACCGACCGGUUUCCGUUCUUACAAUUUGGUUGUAAAACGAAUUGGUCGGUAAGUAAGAAUGAGAUACAGAGCAUGCGCACCAGAGCAGGGAAUCCCUCAAAUCUACAUUCAGGGGACAUUCUGCGAACAAAGACCAGCUAUUUAACAUGGGGAAUCCCUUGAAUCUCCAGGAGAGAGCUGGUCGUAAAUCCGAGCCGUUGUUAAACAGACCAGUCGUAAUGUGAGGACUACCUGUAUAUGUAUUUGUGGAGUGUGAAAAUUUAAAUUAAAUGUCGAUAUUUGUUUCUCUUUAAUGUUGCUAACGGGCGCCUCUGUCUUAGUGUUCUUUAUUUUUAUAAACUCUGUCCUUUGCACCAGGCAAUCAAUAAACAGAGAAACGAUACAGAGAAGAGAAAAGCUUAAAUAAUGUUUCCUUUUCAUUUGCAGUGUUUGCCCUGGCUUUGCCUUGACGGAACUGGAUUGUGAUGUCAUUUGAGAUUUGAUAACUCUUAAAUAUAAUUUUAAAAUAAAACAAAACAUCUUAUGAAAAAGGUUAACAGAAUUUAUAGCUGAUUUUCAAUGUUUUAUGAUGUGGUGUAAAUUCAAGAUAUAGUUCCCCUUUAAGCUGAUGGUUAAUAAAUUGCAUGGAAUAACAUUGGAGAUUUUUUUAUCUUGAGAUUUUAUAAUUAUUAUUUUAUGUAAUAUUAAGUAUUAUAUUGGUGUUUCAUUUGCUUAUAUAAAUUGAUAAAUUUUCGCCUUGUUUUUCUACAGUACAUAUGUUUUUUUUUUUAUUUGUACCUUAAAAUUAAUUUUUUUCCUUAAACUUAAUACCCGCAACCAAUAUUCUGAGAUGAUACAUUCAUAAUACGUGCCAAUCUUUUUACUUUACCACUCUGACAGGCCAGAAAGGAAAUCUGACCAACCAAUGUGCGAGGAACACGAAGAUGAGAAAAUUAAUAUAUAUUGUCUGAACUGUGAAGUGCCAACUUGUUCCAUGUGCAAAGUCUUCGGAGUUCACCAGAACUGCCAGGUUGCUCCACUUUCUCAAGUUUUCCAAGGACAAAAGGUGAUUUUUUGCAUUUUCUUUCAAGUAUAUUUUGAUGCUUUGUCAUAUAAUUCUAUAGACCCUUUAAUACCAGAUGGAUGCAUACUCCUUUGGUAUGUGUUAGUAUGUGUUAGUACCCCAAUGGCCCUGAAAUCCUUCAGAUCUAUUACUUUGCUUAUUAAGGACCAAAUUGUUACAUUUGGCUGUUGUGAUGGAGCUCCUGUUCUCUGACUGAGUACCUCCUCUCAGUUAGCUUCCUAGAGGCUUGCCAGGACCCUGAAGCACUUCAGCCCUAGGCUUGGCUUAACUGGGGUCUCUCUGGAGCUUUUCCACAGGACCAGGCUCUAGCUCUCCUUCCAGGCAGGUAUCGUCCCCUCUGACUAUUCCACCGCAACCAUUCUUCCAGGCUUGUAUCAUCCCCUCUGACUAUUCCGCUGCAUCCCUUCUUCCAUGCAGGUAUUGUCCCCUCUGCUGCUGCUAUGCAGGUAUCCACCUCUCCCUGCAAUGUGAUUGCUCUUGCGUCUCUCAGUUUUAGCUCUCUUGAGUUAUCUCAGGGCUAGCAGAAUCUUGCAACCAGCCAACAGGUAACACAACUUUAUGGCUGGGAUCCCUAAAGAUUCACACAGAACACAGCUUUAUUUUUACUUGGGACUUAUUACAUAUAGAUUACUGUGACAACGCAAUAAAAAUACAAACAAUCAAAUCACAUUAGACAACAUACAGAAACUUAUAAUAACAUGACAUGUUUAUAACGGGGUGGGGAAGACAAUAAUUAACACAAAACAUCUCUCCUGCCUGCAGAAUUAGCAAUAUGCAAAUCUACCUGAUUAUGCAAAUUAACAAGCUUGUUAUUCAGGUAGUGUAUAUUGCUGUUGCUACCAACAGAGGGUGCUCUACAGGCUCCAUAGCCAAAUCCACCUAGUUGGCAGCAACCAUCAGCAGGACAGGAGAUCACACAAAACAAUUAACAAUAGACAAAUACAUAUACACACUCUGAACCUAUAGUGGACACAGGGUGAUUUAGACAUAGGAGUAGUGAUGUCCCGAACGGUUUCUCGAAUGGUUCGCCGCGGACUCAUCAUUGAGUAAACUUUGACCCUGUACCUUACAGUCAGCAGACACAUUCCAGCCAAUCAGCAGCAGACCCUCCCUCCCACACCCUCCCACCUCCUGGACAGCUCACUAAGAAUGCAACUUCAAAAUGGAUGCUGUCCAGGAGGUGGGAGGGUCUGGGAGGGAGGGUCUGCUGCUGAUUGGCUGGAAUGUGUCUGCUGACUGUGAGGUACAGGGUCAAAGUUUACUUAAUGAUGAGUCUGUGGCGAACCGUUCGUGGCAAACCGUUCGCGAACCAUUCGGCGAACCGUUCGGGACAUCACUGCAUAGGAGUAGUCCAGGAUCCUACAUAAAGUGUUCGUCUGAAACUCUUGGGGAUGGUGACUACUGUCACAGCAGUCAUUAUACUUUGGUCAAUGAAGAUUAAAUUCCAACAAAGAAUUGUUUGUUAUUUAUGGAUAACAUUUUAAAAGGAUAUAAUAUUUUGAAAACUAUUUUAACAUUUUAAAAUAUUGAUAAUUUUUGUUCAUAUAUGAUAUAUGUUUGAUAUUUUAAUAUUUUGAAGAAAAAAAGGCAUUUUAACAUGUAUUCAAAUAUAUUAAAUCAAGGCCUUAAGUUUAUUGUUGGAUCCUAAGUGUCUGAUAGUGAUUAUCCCUUUUGGCUUUAAGGGUUAAAUAGCCUCAGAAAAUGAGAUUUGUUGCCUGGCUUACUUUGUAUCAGAAGAAAUGCAAAACAUGCCACUAAUAUAAUUAAAAGUAAAAUCUAAAGCUAGAGCAAAAUCCAAACACUUUGAAGAAAAUAACAUGAUUUGUUCUGUGCAUCCUUUACAUUACAUGUUCUUUUUUUAUUUUAUAAUGUGAGCCAGAGAAACUAGCAUUCGACAUUUUCGUUAUUAAGAAAUGAUUAAAAAGCCACAUUCAUUUAUCUAAUUACCUAAUAUGAUAAUUACCGGUACUUUAAUUAGGAUUUUAGCUCCAGUUCUUUGUAACUAUUUGUUUAAUACCAUCCAUUUACCAAUCUAUUAAUCCAUUUAACAAUUAAGACUUCAUCAGCACUCUAAACCUCCCCUCAACCUUUUACAUUGACGAUCGGGUUUGAGAUGAAAGUGCAGUCCAAUUAUAAUUUUAGUUUUGUUUUAGUUUUUUUCCAUUCUACUUAUGUUUUCCAUUUAAUAUAUAUCUACAAAUUAAAAUAUCUUCCUGUUUCUUUGAUCAGUACAGAUAAGCACAUUUUUAAUUAUUCCAGGGAAGGAUUCCAAUGUAUAUUUUUCCAUGAUCUGAGCUUGACAUGAAAAAGCAGGAUUGUAAUUAAUAUUUAUUAACCAUAGAAGCAUUAAAAUAUAUUUGGUAUAAAUUAUGCAGUUACCCGGAAAUCGAUUAUUUGUGUUGGAAGCUACUCAUUUAUUUUGUGAAAUUUUCACUGUGCUCCUAUCAGUGGUGGAACUACCAGAGGUUUGGCCAUACCGGGACACACAAGCUGGGAGGCCCAUCAGGUGGCCCACACACCUAGCGCUACCCAGUGGGCAUGUCUGACCCUUUAACUGCAUGACUGAAUCCCUAUCAAUCAGCAGUUUCACCACAGAGCUUGAAGGAAGUUAUUUCAGGUAACUUCCUCCAGGUUACAGAGAAACAUAUGGGGAGGCAGGGGGAGGGUGGUCCAGCCAUGCUGGUGCUUUAAUAUUUAUAUGAGUGAGCACUGUACAUGGAAAUACCAACACAACAAUCAAAUACACCCCCUACAAUCGAACAUCAUCACUAAAUACAAACACAUUCCUGUAUUGAAAUACCAGCACUACAGACAAACACACCCCUGUAAUCAAAUGCCAACACUACAUAUAAAUUCAUCCCUGUAUUAAAAUGCCAACAUUAUAUACAAAUACACACAGCAUUGAAACGCCAACACUACACCCAAACACACACCUGCAUUCAAACGCAAACACCGCACACAAAUACAUCACUGCAUUCAAAUCUCAACAGUACAAACAAACACACAUGACAUUCAAAUGCCAACACUACACAAACAUACACAUACUCCAUAUAAAAACAUGCUUAGAUUCAAACACACAAACACUGCUCACAUAUACAACUGUGUAAGAAUGGGCAUAUGCUAGAUCCCCAGCUGACAAAGCAAAUUUGAGUUGUACAACAUAUUGGAUCUAUCUUGCUUACUUUUGGGGGUAGGCUUAAAAAUUCUUGCAGCAGUAGCCUCUCUACAUUAGUUCCACCACUGGUUCCCAUAUCUGGGCUGUUGUUUUGUUAAUACAGUACAACAUAUAAAAAGGAGCACACUCAAUAGGAAUUAAGUAAUCUUUCAUUAAUAUAUAAAGCUAGCAAUAUACAAAAAUACAGAUAUACUAUAACUCACAGUGCACCAUAACCCAGAAAUAUCACAUCACAAAAAUCAAAAACCAAAAAAAUGAUUAAAAAAACAGAAUAACGCAAAAGAGACCUACAAUGCAACAUAUAUAAUAAAAAAAAUGACAAAACACAUGAAUAGAUGAUAAAAGCGGAUUACAUACCAGAAACUGACACACCAGAAAAUGAAGGUGAGAGGCUGGAAGCUCUUCCUUGGUAAAACAUAAAUGUAAAACAGAAUAAAACAAUAUAGUGAACACCAUACAACACUCAGUAAAUACCAUUCUCACAUUUAUUGAGUAGCUGAGCUACUCAAUGUAUUCAGCAUAGGUGGCAUUUGCCCUUUACCAAAGAUUAGAUGUGUUGAGAUGUGCAGUGGAAUAUUUCUCAGAUGUUGUCAGGAUUAGCAAUACAUGCUAAAAACAAUUAAAAAAAAGUAUGUGGCCAAAUCACAUAAGAAUGGGGAUGAUACCACACCAGAAACAGAGUUUGAGAUGAAAGCUCUUCCAUUGUGAGUCAAUUUUCUAUUUUUCUAGUACUCACCUUAUAGUGACAGUAUUACUGUACCUCUACCACUUAUCAUCACUAAGGCUAUGUAAGAAACAUAUAUAUCCAUAAGUGGGGAUUAUACUAAUGCAUGCAAUUUAUACUGGAGCUGGUUCUGACGCUCCUUAAUAUGUGAGUGGGCACUUAUACACUUUUAUGUUGUAUGUCCUCAACGUAUCAAGAAAUACUCCACAAUUGGUUCUCCUCUCUAUUAUCUUUUUAUCUUUACGUACCCAGUGCAAUACCUACCAGCUAUAUAAGAAGCCAGAUGGACUGGCAGCAAGUGAAAAAUCUUGGACUGUGUUCCAAUCGCAUUUUAUUACUUGUAUAUCAUUAGGCACAGCCUGUUGUGUUUUAUUGUUUGUCUGUUCGUUUUUUUGAGGGAGUCCCCAAUUUUGAGUGCCUGCCUUUAAAUAAUCUGUUGUUUAAUUUGUAUAGUUCCUAUCCUUCCUUUCGUUUCUGUUCACCCAUAUUAUGAAGUUGUUAUAGUGCCUACAGCUUUUCUUUACAGCUCACUCUUGAAUAAUACUAUUUGUAACAAACUUCAGGGAAUAGAAUAAAAUAUUGUUGUGUAUUUUGUUGUUGCCACAUAAUGGGGUACUCCAUAUAUUUACCCAAAAUAUUUGAGCCCCCUCCCCAAUCUCUGAUGUCAUGUAGGACUGCUGAUUAUUGGUUUGUUAAGUAGAAUAAUUUGUGUCUUUUUAUGUACUUUACAUUUCAUUAAAUUAUUUAUUUCAGUAAAUAAGUUUGGUUUCUGUAACAACAAUUUUAUUUUUUGACGCCGCUCCUAAUUCUUAGUUAUUUCUGAGGGUAAUGCUUUAAAAUGUAAGCACCUGCUUUUGAUAUCACAAGUUCUCCUUCAUUUCAGACAGCAAGUGUGUGCUGAUGGGCCUGUCUAGGCAGACUGGAUGAACUCCAGGAAUGAAUGUUAAUGACAUAUUAAGAUCUGGGAUAGACAAACGCUGGAAUUCCAGCAGCUCUGCAUUGAGCUCCAAAUCAGAUGGCGUGGUGAUUGUUGCCUAUUCAGUUUUGACUAUUCUUUUUUCUGGCAAGCAUUUGUUUCUUCCAGCAAAAGGUGCCAUAGUGAAUAGUCACUAAACCUUUAAAUAUUCUGGGUGACAGGAUAGCUGUUGAAAAAUGGAGAAAUAUUGAGAAAUAUAGUAUCAUGCAGUAAUGUGCCUAUAAUAUACAGUAGUCGAGGAUUGUCUCUUUGUGGCCAGAAAUCACACGCAGAACCCCUGCUGUUCCCUUAAAUCUUAGAUGGCUGGGAGCCCAAGAAAACCAGAUGGGUUAUAACAUGCAGAGAAGCUAAAUUGGGACUUGGAAGAUGUAUGUAGCACAUUCCAAACUGCUAAAGAUAAACUCGGAGUCCCCUUGAGCUUUGAGGAUUUAGUAGCAUAUUUACUAUUAGGUGAGAGGUUGGAGAGUUACAACUAAUGAUAUUCUAUAGAACCAAUUUAUCUUUUUCAGAGAAUAAAACACUUCACAGAUGAUUUCCCUUUGCGUCAUUCAUAUCUCUGUAAACCUACCUAUUUGAUUUGUCUCUACCCAAUACAAUGGGUACAGGGGAGUACUGGCAACUUUUUUUUUGUGCUCUAAAUACAAUUUACAGGAAACAUCUCGAUGUUAUUAUUAUCAUUAAAAAAAAAACAUAUUUAAAGAACACAACCAUAUCAGUAAGAUAGGCUGUGUGUACCCCCUCAUAUCGGUCACCAUCCAUGGUGCGAUACCACUAGCACCUAACAUCUGUAUCUCUUUUAAAAUCACUUUAUUCAGUAAAAGGAGUAAAGUUGUAUCUGUCUUUUCUCAGGUAAACCACCGGCUAUUCAUAUUGUGUUUACCGCUAAAAUAUCGAUAUUGAUUAGAGCAGCAAUCCACAUCAUCUAGAACGCCAGUAGGAUUACCACUUUUGCCAAUAAAUGAAAAGCAAUAAUUUUUUUUUCCCACUUAGCGUUAAUCAUGCAGUAACUUAUGUGUUUUUAAUUGUCAGUCCGAGAUCUCUGAAGGGAUUGCUGUGCUGGUUGGAUGCAACGACAGGAUUCAAGCAGUAAUAGGCCAAUUGGAAGAGACAUGCAAAGCCGUAGAGGUAUGUGUGAUGCACUAGUGAAAACCUAUAUGGGUUACUUUUUUUUUUUUUAAAUGAAUGACCAUGUUUUAUAAUUGAAAUGAUGGCUUCUAAUUUUAUCAACAUUUUGUUUUUGUUUUUUUCUUUUUAUUAGUAGUUUUACAAUUGAAACAAAAUAUUUAAUUGUAUUAAUAUUAUUUCGAUUUCUCUCAAUACCACAAUAUAAUGAAUAUGUAAUAUAAAAUGAAAGGAACACUCCAAGUACCAUAACCACUAUAGUGAAAUGGCUAUGGUGCCAGGAAUGAUCUGGUGCUCCAUCAAAUUGUAGAUUGUAGAACUUUAGAGGAGUUUAACCCCGGCUGCCACUCCCCACCUCCACAAUAUCCAUUUGAAGUAGGAGGCCUACUACCCAAAUUCUACCUCUUCAGCCAUUUAACCCUUAUUACAAAUGAAGAAAUCUGAGUAAACCUUUUUAAAAUGGUCCUUUAGUCUGCUGAUAGUAGCAACGUUUAGUAAAACAAAAUACAUAAAAAUAUUUUAGGGGUUGUCAGUACUACCAUUAAAAACAAAACUGGACCCAGUAGUGCAAAGGUAGGCUCCUACUAAGCCAGGACAGUUGUGAACUAUGCCUUUAGACCAUGUUCUUUGUUAUUGUGAAAUUCUGAGCAUGCCACUCGUAAUUAAGGGUUAAUACUUUUUGAGCUUUGGAAUUCCUGGGAUGUACUUAAGACAUGGAAUAUAACUACCUGCCAGCAGACACAUUUAAAAGUUAGUAUUUAAUCACUUUUCCAUAAAUGUAUUUCAUUCUGAAGAUUAGACUCACAACACUUAAAUAUAUAGUUUUGCACUAUAACCCCAAAUAACACUGCAGUAUCUGUUUCUGUUAAUCAACAUAUUUUAGCUACUGGUGUUAUAAACUUUAAGGAGCAAGAGACUCUGAAAGUGUGAUGUCUAGGGCUGAUUUUUUUGGGGGUAAUAUUAUAUAUUUAUCGCUAUCCCAUCCUAAAUGUCAAGUCAAAACAGCAUGUUUAUAGAACUGAUCAAAUAUCUGUUAAAGUGAUUUUCUUGACACCAUUUAUCCAUUGAAAAUAAAACGAAAAUUAGUUUUUCAUUGUGAAUGUAUAUAUUAUGAUAUAGCUGUAUAAAUUCUACUAGUAAUAAAAUUGUAUUUACUUUAUUUAAUCUGUUGUAACAACCGUGUGUUCACUCAGAAACAGAACAAAAUCUUUUUAAAUCUCAUAAUCUGGUAGAUGAACAGACUAUUUGUAGUAAGCCUGCUGUUCACAAAUCAUGCGGCUGACAAGCUUCCAUUCAGAUAGGUGUGGAUGUCUCCUGUACACUCUGCUAACAAAAUCACCAGCUCAUAUACAAAUUAAAGUGGAACUUUAAAUCCCUAUGGGUUCUACUAAUUUAUUUACUUAUUUGUGAUAUAAAAAAAGUUUAAUUGGAGUUAUCCACACCUCUUUAUCUUGUGAUGGGCACUUACAUCAUAGCCCUCUGUCUAUCAUUGUUAUAAGCUCUGUACUUUGCCCCAGGAAAUCAGCAUAAAUCAUAUAGAAAAAAAGGAGAAAUUAAACAUUUAUCUUUCUCUUCUUCAUUUGCAUUGUUUGCCCUGUCUGUGCCUUGUCUGAACUGGAUGAUGACGUAAUGCUACAUUUUUAAUAUAUAUUUAAAUAAACUCUAAUCUCAAGAACAAAAAAAGGGUUAGCACUAGUUAUAGGUAGUUUUCAGUGUUUUAUUCAAUUAGGUAAAUUCCAUAGAUGUGUCAGUUUCCCUUUAAAUAAUAUACUCAGUUGACAUUCACUUCCUCCACACAUAACAAUAUGCCAUCGACAAUGAGUUGGUGUUUUUCUUCUUCCUUGUAAUGAACAACUAAUAGGAUUAAACACCUCAAUCAGGAAUCUAAGUAAGGUACAGAGAGAACAAAAUAGAUGUUUAUUAGGGUGUGACUGUGCCCAAGCCACACAACCUUAAAGCGGCACUGUCAACCCCACUGAAAUUUCAACCCAAUAAAGAGAAGUACAGCGACAAAGUAGGGACUGCUUGGUCUCAGUAUAUUUCCCCUGCCUGACUUUCUUAGACUCAGGGUAGAGCUACAGUGUCUAUCCGACUGCCAUCACCAGUGACGGCUGCAGGUAAUUGGAUCUGUCUAUGGAGGAUCCCAUGGACUUGCGGGAUCCUCCAUAGAUCUCAACUCUUGCCUGCUAGAGUAGAUGGCUGUGCCCGUGAGAGUCAGGGUCAGGUAAGUAAAUCUCACCUUACCUGCCCCCGUCACCAUCGGGGAUCUUUCGGCAAAUUGGGCAAAGUCCCCACAUGGUGACAGUGCCACUUAAAGCAUACCUAUUCCUGAAUUGUUGUAAAAAAAAAAACAUCUGGCAUAACGCCAAUAUAUAGCUUAAUCUCAUAUAUCUAAUUUCCUCAAUAUAUAUUUUUCAUCGCUUUUUAUUGCGAUUCAAAAAUUUUAUUGUAUUUAUUAUAUUGCGAAAAUGUCAAACAAAAUAUCAAAAUCAAAAUGAUUUUAGUUUUCUUUAUGCACGUUUGAUGAAGUUAGAAUGAUGGCUCUAUAGGCUUAGUAUGCGAAUGUGAUGUAAAUUGGGAUGAAUAAAAAAAUGUGAAUUAUUUUUACAUGAAUUUUUACAUGCAUGAUGGUUUCACUGCUAAGAAUUACCAGCACCUGUUUCCGUUGCUGAUCUGUUGCUUGUGAAUUUAUAGGUUGUUUUUUUUUUUCACAGCAUACAUUAUUAUUGCUUUUCCUUCUUACAAUUAAAAGUGACAAAACCAAUUAUGUUGCAACAAUUCUUACAGUUCACUAAUAAAAGGUCAUAACUGAGUGUUCCAUUCCCCACCGGUGUAAAGUUAACCAGGAAGUCACGGGAAGAAGUAAUUACAUUUAAUACACUAAAAUAGCUUCUUCUCAUGGUCUAUUACGGAUCAACGAUUCUAACAUGCAAUAUGGGCAAAUAUUGAGAUAAUUAUUAUUUUAAAAGUUUAAAAAGUAUGAUGCAUUAUAGCACUAUGUAAGCAUAUAUAAACAUAUUCUUGUACUAAUUAAUAUUCUGAGAGAUAAGUGAAAUUUCUUUUGCUUAUGAAUUGCGAUUGAAUAAAGGGCUAACAAUAUUUGCGACUUUAUAAAAUUAAAGGAGGCGGCAUGUGACAACAUAAUAAGGUCCCUCAGUAAAGAUGGUUAUUGAUGACAAUGUGAAACUAGUUUAAGAAAAAAAAAAUAAUCACACACAUUAGUUAAAAGGAGACUCCGGUUACCAUAACAGCUUCAUAUAAAUAAGGUUGUUAUAGUGCCAGGAGGCUCCUGGCAGACUCUAAGGAGGCCCCUGUCAGACCCCAAAGGUUAACUCUAGCGCCGACCUCAAAGUCCACCAGGUGGAAUCCCGCUUCUGAAUCUGUGUUACAGGAAGCGCAGGGUGCUGCUGGGCAGGGGCACUGCUGACUGGCUCGAGCAGUCAGCUGACGCUCUAAGCCAAUCAGUAGCUCCCCAUUCAUAAAAAAAAAAGUAUGUAGGGGAGAUUAAUCCAGGCAAAUUAUAUUAUUAUUAAAUAUAUUAUAAUAUAUUAUAUAUUCUUCUUAUUCAGAACUCUAUGAUUUUUUUAAAUAUAAUUUAGAGGAAGUGGAAUCUUUCACAAAUUCAUGAAAAUAUAAAUCUGCCUUUUUUAAUUUUUUUUUAAUUAAAAUGCAAAUUAAUGUCGGUUUGAUGUAAAAGUGUUGUAACUUUGUAAAAUCAAUGUUUUGCAGGAUAUACUUGAAAAUGAAAGACAUCUCAAUGUAUUUUUUCUAAUGAAACUUUUCUAAAAGACAUUUGUUUUUGCAUUUUCCAUAAAUAUCUGACACAUAUGCUUUAUAUUAACAUUUAAGAGGAUUUUCCCUAUUUCUUUUGUAUCAGUUUUAUAAUUACAUAUCCCUCUACCUAAUGAUUAAUUCCUAAUUUAAAAAAACAAAAACUCUGAAUAAGACAGCUAUAUAACAACUCUUAAAUACUGAAUUACAUAUAUGUGACAUUUUUAAUUUUAUUUCCUAUUAGUUUUGGGAGAGUACUUUUCACGUCUUUUCAAUGAAAACUAUAUAUACAUAGAAGCAGCAUUUCAAUAUAUUUUUUUUCUAAAGUUCUGAAAUGGAUACAAAAACUUUGAAAAAAAAUAUAUUUUUACUAGUUGUUCCAUUGCCAAGAAAUGUUGUCUUGUUUAGAGAAAAAUCCAAACCACAGAUGGAAGGUAUCUGCAAAGUUUGCAUUUGGCAGGUUAAUCCCAGUAAAUUUGCCAAUUCUAGAAAUGCUUAAAAAUUAUUCAUGAUAUCUUAUGUUCUUGUUAUGAAAAAAUAUUUUCCAUGAGAAUAUUGAUCAAGGGAAUUCUGCUUGGUCUUGUCGUGGGUGACAUCUUGAAACUUAAACAGUAGAAGGAGCUUUCUCAAAGUACUCUGUAGGAAUAAAACAAUAUAUUAAAGUUUACUCUACUUUAUACCAUGGUAACAUUAUUACUGAGGAGUUUAUAUAGCUGGUUGACUUGUGUCGAUCAAAUUUGACAUAAUUAUUGGUAUAAAAACCCAAUGGUUGACAUUUGAGGUAUUCACUAAAAUUUAACCAGCUAACCUAAAAUUUAGAUUGAAUGGUGUGAAUUUUACUCAGUGGAGUUAAUUGUUAGCUGUAAAAAAGGCUAGUUUACUGGAAACUGCUGCAAUUAUUGAAUUUAUUACAAGACAUAGAGGUUCAUAUUAUGCAAGUUUAAAGCUGAUAAAUAACUAAAUGAGGAAAAUACACAUUUAUGGUUUAAAAUAAAAUACCUUGAAAUAUGACUUUCUAACCCAAACAGCAGACCUUAAAAUGUCUUCAAGACUACACUAUACAGGAAGAACUUUAGAUGCCAUCACUCCUACAACAGAUUAGAGCCAUUUAAUCUAUCUUGCUAGUGUAGACGUUUGCCUCAUUCCAGACUUGCCUCUAAGAGUGACAGUUGCCUUGCAGUACUUCAUGUAUGGGACAGGGCAUAAAUUGGGUCUGAGAAAGGAAGGUAGAUACAAGACUGAGUUGGAAAUAUCGAACCAUACCCUUCUGGAGUGAAGGGUUGCAUCAAAACAUCUUAGACUCUAAUCAUUUUAUCGAAAAUUAAAUUACAGGGCUGACAUAACAAGUUUGGAGCAGCGUUGAUGGAGGGAUACAGGUUGAUAGAUGGCCAAUUGUCAAGAAAGGGUAGAAGACACUUGACAUCCCAAGUAAAUGUGUAUCUAUGUAUAGAUAACUUAACUCAUUUCAUUAGACAAGAAACUAGAGUGUGAUGAUCCACCUUAAUGCCUUUCAGAUCGAGCCAUCAUAUGCAGCUGUAAGGAUGAGAAAGUCCACCAACAUCUCCAGUAGAAAAACUUGUCAUGGGUGCUCAAUAAUAAUGAGAAGGAGAGGUAAAGGUCUAGGAUAGGGGCUUAACAAAUGUGGUUCAAAAUCACCUGGUGAUUUAUGCAAAUAAAACUUAUUAAAACUAAUUGAAGGGAAUUCCCCUUCGAUAAAAUGGAGGUGGUGACCUAAAAACAAUCAUAUGCAUGUAGAAGAACUGGCAAAAUAGCUGCCACAAGGACUUGAUGAGAAGAGGACAAGAAGUCCAUCAGUCAGAAGAAAAAUCCGGUAAACAAAAUAUUAGAUUUCAUAAACCAACAAGCAGAAAACAGGGAAACACAAAGGAGAAAGAAUGGUGGCAAAAAUAAUUAUGAGGGCAAAUACAAACCAAGAGAAGAAUAGAAGAGACAAAUAAGCCGCAAUAAGAAAAAAAAGAAAUGAAACGGAAUAAAAAUAAAUAUAAAAGAAGAGAAAUGAACAACAAAAUAAUUAUAUAAAUUAAUAUAGUCAAAUGAAGCAGACCAAAGCACUGGAAUAGACAAUAAAUUAUUAUUUAUCUAGCACCAACAAAUUUCUCAGCACUGUACAACAAACAAAUAUUUGCAACAAGACAGGUUGGACGCACAGGAACAGAGGUUACAUUCUAGAGGCAAUGGAGCAAAGUGACACAAGAGAUAAGCCGUGUACAACAGACACAUUUUUGCAACAAGAAGAGCUGGACGCACAGGAACAGAGGUACGGGAAAGAUGCUAUUAAUUGGAAUGCUUUCCUAAGUAAGUGAGUUUUCAAUUCUUUUUUAAAGGAAUGGAGACUGGGUGAGAGUCGAACAGAGUAGGGAAGGGUGUUUUAAAGGAACAGUGCCCUAGAGAAGUCUUGAAGGUAGACAUCAGAGGUUUAAGCAUGAACAGAGGAUAGAGGCAGAUGGAGGAGCAGCAAAGAAAGAGGAAUGAUAAGGGUUACUGUGCCGAUUUAUAUGCUGGAACAACAGUGAAAAGCCUAGGGUUCCUAUAUGAAAUAGUCCAGCAAUUUGCAGUUUUGGGCGAUUUUGGUUCUUUCACAUGUUUUCUCUUUACAGAUGAGGUCCAGUAAAGAGAUAGGUAAACAUAGUAAGAGUUUUUUUGUCUUGUAAUAAAAUUGUGGUUUUGUUCUUUCAGUUGCAGAAACGGGUAUGUACGAAAGGUUGAACUUGUUGAACUACAUACUGUUUUUGCAAUCUAUAUUACUAUAUAUUUAUUAGAUUAAUAUUAAUUUGAAUACCCACCAAUAUAAUGCUUAUUUAUUUAUUUACUUUGGUGAAAUGCAGCAUGUCUUGGUAUCAUUCCCCUCAUAUUCUUUCCCAUUGCACAACCUAAUUUAUCUACUCAGUCAUUCUUCCUCAUAUUUCGUGCCCUGGUGACCUAUUGUGAGGUUUAACAUCGUCCUUUUAAACUGAAUUUGUGUUUGUACUUGCUCAUGAGCAGGCUUCAGUAAGAAACAGCAGCUUAAAGAAGCAUUGAUUUUCCAUAAAAAAUAGUAAAUGCAUGUAAAUACCUUCAAUGUCAGCCAGUCUUCCCUUCAAGCUGUCCCACUGUACCGGGUGUUUAUUUUUCCAAGUAUAAUGUCAAUAUAUUUAUUAUUAAUGCAUAAAGUUGGUUCAUAGUUUUGUGCGAAAACAGCUGCAUUGGGAUUGCUUGCAGGACCCUAUAAUAAAACUUCCCUCUAGGAUGUUCUAUUAAUAGUUUCUAAAUGUGCAACUCUAAUUCUAGAUAUUCCCUAGCACUUCCAAAUGUCAGAUACAACACCACUGCAUUUGCUAAAAGGAAGUAUCAGAUGCCACAAUUUAAAGUUUUAUUUAAUUGAAUGAAUUUACAUCAUUUUCUAAGUGGGCACAGACAUUGCAUAUCUAUGAUAAUUUAUACCUUAUAUUAGGUAUAACAAAACAAAAAAACAAAACAACAAAACAAUGAAUUAUUAAACAACGCAAACAAUAGAAAAUGAAUAAGAUACAAAAUAGAAAUUGGAAAAGUUCAUCACUGAUAUAUAUGCAAUAAAUAAAAUAUUCAACAAUAUCUACAUCCACCUUAAAUAUAUAUAUAUAUUUCUGUCUUUAAACUAAACCUUAAACAAAUGUUUUACAUCAUUUAUUGGGAAUACGUGAUGUAGAAGAGUUUGGGAAAAGGUUUGUUUGGUACCUGAUUAAGGUGAAUUUGCUUGAAACAUUGUACUUCACGUAUUUCCAAUAACUGAUGUAAAACUCUGUUACGAACGGUUAAAUAAUGGGUGCUUGCAGAGUGUGUUUAAGAUGUAAACCUUUUUUAACAGCUGGAUAUCUGGUAUAUAACUCAAUAUUCAGAUUUUUCUGAUUAUUAAAUCUAUUUUAUUGUGUUCACGUUCUAUUAGUCUGUUACGUUGUCCUCACACUCUUGGUAUUUCCAUCUGCUGAUAAUUCUCUACUCAUUUAAAAGAACACUAUGUGCCUUACACUUGAUUUUAUUCAGAAUAGCAGAAAUUUUAGAAAUAAAAUAAUUGAUGAAGACAUGGUUACAAUAAAGGGAUUCUAUAGUGUAUGGAAUAAAAAGUUGUACUUCUUACACUAUAGUUCCCUCUGCUCCUCCUUCUCCCCCACCCAGCAUUGAAAGGGUUAAAACCCCCUUCUAACACUUACCUGAUUUCAGCUCUGCCGACUCUGAUGUUAUCUGACAGGUAUGACGGCUAAUGCGCAUGAGCACUGAACGCCGUGAGCACAUUAGGCCCUCUCCAUAGGAAAGCAUUGCUGUAAUGCUUUCCUAUGUGGAUUUUACUAUGCUGGAUGUCCUCAUGAACCAAAAGUCGCCUAGCAAGCAGGAAGUGUCUCUAGUGGCUGUCUGAUUGACAGCCACUACUGGCAGUCUUAGUACUGCAAUGUGAUUAUUGCAAUUUCUCCAAAAUUGCAAUGUCUUACAUUGCAGGACAAAGGAGGACAGGUACACUGCACUUAGACAACUUUAAUGAGCUAAAGUGGUCUCGGUGCCUAUUGGGUCCCUUAAGCAAAAGGAGUAUGGAAGCCACAAAAUGUAAAUAAUUUAUAUAUUUGUAUAAUAUAGCAUAGUAUAUAUACAAUUACAUUUUUGAGAAGCAGUGUUAGUGGAAUAACCUGAAAACCUCCUAAAAAAUAGAUUAUAAUGGAGAAAUACAUCAAGCAAAGUUCAUAUGGUUAUGGUGUUUUCGAGAUGCAAGGGCAGUUUGAUAGAAUAUUUCUGAGCGAGGGAUGAACGUUGAGAGAGGUGGAGAGUCUAUCAUCAUGCGUAGAAUGGCGAUGGUAAAUAGUGGAAUAUUCAGUGAUAGGACAGAGAUGUAAAAUUUAGCAUAUUUGUCUCAACUCUUUUGGUGGAUUAGCAAUUAAAAUACAGGCUCAUUUAUCCCUCCUUCCAUAUUCAACUUUUCUCACUCUAUAUUACUUAUCCGCAGUUAUAAUAAAUAUAAGCGGGUUGAUCUCCUAAUAAACUGAUACACUUCAUUCUACAAACUACCGGUAUGCGUUUUUAAAAUCUAAGCAAUAAAAAGGAAGAUUGGAAUAAAUUAGCUUUAUAUUGAUAACCAUUCAUAGUCAUGGAACUGUCAUGAACUGCAUAACCCAUAAUGUUAAGACUAUCUGCAGGCAUAACAUUAAAACAAUAAUGGUCCACAACAGUUGCAGUUCAAAUUUCUAUCACUGGUAAAUAAAAAUUAUAUAAAUAAUAUCAAAUAACCUGUCCGCAUAGUGUCCUGUUGCCAUUACUUCUUGGACUCAUGGAAACUAGUAAAAAAAGAAGCAGAUUAUUACAUGACAUUUACAGAUCGGAGUGUCUGGACACCAUCAUUUAUUUUCCUGUCCGACUCCCUCACAGGUCUGUUCCUUCAAACUGCUUAAGGCCAAUCCGUCACCAGCUAAAUCACGAUUAAAUCCAUGAUUCCAAUUACUAGUCUACCUAAGUCAUUAAUUAUUCCUUUACAAUCUGCCAGAUUUGGCUGAAGCUAUCAGAAAUUAUUCUAGCCCCCUCUCUACCUUAUUUUAUCCCCUUGAUGAAAAAUAACAAAAAGCAAUUGGUGUAACAUUUUAGUUAAGUGCCUAAAACCAUUACUUUAACAGUGAACAGUUUUUAAAGUAACACUAAUCCGUAAAUUGAUACAGGAAACAAUAAAAAAAAUGUGUAGAAGUUGAUUUUUACACUUUGACGAAUAUUUUUGAAAGUGUCAAUGCAUUACUAAAAUAGACUAGGCAGUUGGAACCAUGAGACAUGGGGUUAACUAUGAAAUAUUACCAGCAUUGAAUUGUGGUGAAGAUUUUCUCUCAAGAUGGUCUCAGGUGAGCCUUUAAUUUUAAUAUAUAACAUUGCAGAACUAAGUUUUGUUUGUUUUUUUAAAUAAAUUUUGUUGUAUCUAAAUUUUUGUACAUUUUCUACUUCUUAAAGGGUUACUCUACCAACUUCGCAUUCGCAUUCGCAUUACGCAAGUGGUUAUGGGGCAAAGACCCUGUCCGUGCAUCCUAUUUUUUUUACUGAAGCAUAAAAGACAAUACAUUCCAAGAAGAGAAUGUACACAGUAGAACAAUAUGUCUCCGGUAACAUAAAGCAAAAUAUAUUGCAUUAUACAGAUGGACAUUCUCUCAUUUUAUAUUAUGUAAACUGUUGAGCAAAGUGUCUCAAAAGCAAUGUUAGAAUAAACUAUUACUGCUAUUAUUAACCUGCCUUAUGAGAUAAAGUGUAAAGACAAUGGUAAGAUAUUAGACUCACAGAGGUACCAUAUUAACUAACCAUAAGCAGAAUUAAUUAAGGUAUUUAGUGAGCGCUGGAUUGCCAAAUUACAGGAGAAAAUUGCUACUGGAUAGCAUGAGUUUGCUACAACUAAUAUUCUAUAUGAGCAUAUGAAUAAAAUAUAAUAAUAAACAUAACUGGAAUUAUUCACAAAGAAAUCAAAAAAUAUAUAUUUUGCUGUAUAGAGUGUCUGCAGUCCACUCAGCCAAAACCUCUGGAGGGAUAGCCAGUUCCACCAGGAAACUGGAGUCCAGCUAAUCCGUUAAAGUUCGGAUGGUCGCCCCACCAGCCCCAAGCCAUAAAACAUUUCAGUACGGUGCUCCCUGAAAUCCAGCAGCGUCCGGCAUCUGGAUAUGGUACUCGAGAUCUUCCUGUAUCACACACCCACUGAUGUGGAGCUGGAACCUUCCAGGGCAAGCCAUAGGUGUGGAUAUGGCCUCAGUUGGUUUGCAGCCUAGGCAAGCGGAGACGAAGCUCAAUGAAGAAUUUUCAAAGAGUUGUCAUUAAUGGUAAAUUUUCAAGCUGGGCAGAGGUGGCAAGUGGUGUCCCUCAGGGGUCUGUUCUGGGACCCCUUCUAUUUAACAUGUUUAUAAAUGAUCUUGAAGACAGCAUUGAAAGUCAUGUUUCAGUGUAUGCAGAUGACACAAAACUUUGUAAAAUAAUACAAUGUGAGCAAGAUAUUACUUUGCUGCAGAGGGAUUUAGAUAGACUGAGGGACUGGGCACUCAAAUGGCAGAUGAAAUUUAAUGUUGAAAAAUGCAAAGUAAUGCACUUCGGAGUAAAGAAUACCCUUAAUGGAAGCAAAUUAGGGAUAACAACACACGAAAAGGACUUGGGAAUUGUUAUAGUCAACAAACUAUGCAACAAUGUGCAAUGUCAAUCAGCAGUGGCCAAGGCCAGUAAGGUAUUGUCAUGCAUGAAAAAGGGCAUUCAUUCUCGGGACAAGAAUAUAAUUUUGCCUCUUUUAUAAAUCACUGGUAAGACCACAUAUUGAAUAUGCUGUGCAAUUUUGGGCACCUGUUCUAAAGAAGGAUAUUAUGGCACUAGAAAAAGUGCAGAGGCAGGCUACAAAAUUAAUAAAAGGAAUGGAACAUAUCAGCUAUGAAGAAAGGUUAACAAAUUUAAACCUAUUAAAGGACCACUAUAGUACCAGGAAAACAUACUCAUUUUCCUGGCACUAAAGUGCCUUAAGGGUGCCCUCACCCUCAGGGUCCCCCUCCCGCCCGGCUCUGGGGAGAGGAAAGGGUUAAACUUACCUUUUUUCCAGUGCCGGGCGGGGAGCUCUCCUCCUCCAAUCCUCCUCCUCUCCUCCCUUUUGGCUGAAUGCGCACGCGCGGCAAGAGCUGCGCGCGCAUUCAGCCGGUCUCAUAGGAAAGCAUUUACAAUGCUUUCCUAUGGACGCUUGCGUGUUCUCACUGUGAUUUUCACAGUGAGAAUCACGCAAGCGCCUCUAGCGGCUGUCAAUGAGACAGCCACUAGAGGAUUUGCAGGCUGGAUUAACCCUAUUCUAAACAUAGCAGUUUCCCUUUUUUAUAAAAAAAAAGGGUUAAUCCUAGAGGGACCUGGCACCCAGACCACUUCAUUAAGCUGAAGUGGUCUGGGUGCCUAGAGUGGUCCUUUAAGUUUAGAAAAACGUCGCCUGAGAGGGGAUAUGAUAACAUUAUACAUAUAUAUUCGGGGCCAAUACAAACCAUUGUGUGGAAAUCUAUUCACAAACCAGACUUUACAUAGGACACAAGGCCAUGCGUUUAGACUGGAAGAAAGAAGAUUUUGUCUAAGGCAAAGGAAAGGGUUUUUUUCACUGUAAGAAUAAUCAGGAUGUGGAAUUCUCUGUCUGAAGAAGUGGUUUUAUCAGAGUCCAUACAGAUGUUUAAACAGCUACUAGAUGCAUUCUUGCAAAAACAGAAUAUUCAAGGAUAUAAUCUUUCAAUGUAGGGUAAUAACUGCUUGAUCCAAGGAUGAAUCUGACUGCCAUUCUGGGGUAAAGAAGGAAUUUUUUCCUAGCUUGUUGCAAAGGUGUGCUUCAAACUGGGGUUUUUUGCCUUCUUUUGGAUCAACAGCAAAAAACAAAUGUGAGGAAGGCUGAACUUGAUGGACGCAAGUCUCUUUUCAGCUAUGUAACUAUGUAAUAUAUAGCCAAUCACCAUUCUGAUGGGCACAUACAAAAGAGUGCUUAAAAUGUCACUUGAAAUAAUACAGUAACAAAGUAUUAUUUUCUUUACAUGAAUCCCUAAAUCUCAACCCUAUGAGAGGCUUUGGACUGGAAGCAUUGACUGUACAAUGCUCAGUACAAACAAGGAAGUAAAUGCUGGGCGCUUGUUUGCACAUAUUUUAGUAAAUGCAUACUGUUUUUUACAACAAUAAAUUAUUAUAUUUAAAAAAAAUAUGCAUUUUUAGACAUCAAGUUUCCUUUUAAUAAAAGGCCCCACUGAUAUCUAUUAAUUGGAAGAGAAUAUGCCACAGUAGCUACCCUAAUCCACCCCUAUCACUAAUGCUAAACACUGACUUCUACUUUGUAGCUAACUGUACUCUAAAUUUAAAUUUAUAUCACUCACAAAAAAAUUAAAUGGCCUGCUUGACUGGAUAGUGUACAGCACGGGAGUUCAGCGUCUUCACGCUCUGUGUGGAAACCCUGAACAUUACCGAUAGAAAUGCAUUGAUUCUAUAAGGAGAUUGGUGCAGCACACCAUUUUGCCAUGCAUGAGCGACAGCUUCUCAAUGCUUUCCUAUGAGAAAGAAUUGAAUUGGCUAAGAUCAUCAAGAUAGAUGAUCUCAGCCACGGGGGCAGGGCCAGUGCAGCAAGGGAAAAAAGGUGAGUAAAAUCACCCUUUUCAGAGUGAUCUAUGGGACCAGGCACUUAAACAGCCACAUAGGCACUAUAUAGUCAUGUCUGUAUUCCUGACACUAUUGUUUUCCUUUAAUCAUUUAGAUCUUAUUCUCUAUGGGUGUGAUGGUCCCUGCAAAGAAUAUUACGGGUGGGAGGAACGUUGUUGCUGCUAUAACUUCAUUACUCAAUUUGCAUAUCCAACUAUUUCCAUUUCCACUUUAUUCUUUUACCAAAAAUUCUGCUGUACACACACUGUGUUCUUUGUUUGUGUGAAUCUGGACUGGUUAGCCAUUCCCCAUCUCUUUCCACCCACUAUACUGAGUGCAUUGCAGGCACUGCUGUUUUACUGUGAUAGAUAUUUGGCAAAUGUUCACUCCAGGUUUCAUGCUGUGUGGUUUUAACAUAAGACAGAGAUCUCUCAGAGUGUCACACGUGGGAAUUCUUGGUGCAUGGAUGGAAAUGACAAGUGAUUUACCAUGCACAACACAUCCCCCACCUAGACAAUUAAGGAAAUCUGUUCUAGAAAUAAGACCAGGGAUAAGCUACCUCCAUUUCCCCUGUUGCUCUUUAGAGGUCCCUGAAAUAGAUUUUAAUAAUGUAUCAGUAGAGCAUACAGAUGUAUGUGUACAUUGUUCUAGUAGAACGUAUUGAAUCAUGUAAUAGUAAAAAAUGUGAUUUAAAGAUUCUUAUUCUGCUCAAUAUUGUAAGUCGCUAUGCAGCUUUGAAAUUAUAAAUAAUUUAAUUUAAUGACAGUAGGUGCAACAGUUGAUCCUUACUCUUAGGUUUCCAUCAGGGCUCAGUAACACCACCCUCCCCCCACCUAUAAUUCUCAGUUAACUCACAGAAUCCAGAAUUGACAGCACUGCGAGAUUAUCAUUAGAUUUAUUCCCCAAACUCAAAAUUAUACCAGACUUAAACCUGAAUGAAAAAAAUUGAAUUUUGAAUAUCUGAUCUGGAAAAACUCUCCAACUCAACUAUAGUCCCAGCUUGGCUACUUUAGCCUAAAAUUUGCAUUGCUUAAAUCUAGUAGAUUUUGGAGUUUAGUUAAAACCCUACGUGAUUGUCAUAGUCCACGGUGGCUGGAGAGUGAGAUUAUCAUGGGAGACGUAGUCCAUGGCAUCUGUUGAGUUAAAGCAGCAUGGGAGUAAGAGUCGUGACUGCUGAAACGCUAUAGCACACCAGGUGUCAUAAUACACAAGAGGCCAGAACAGAACUGCUUGUGUAUAUAUAUAUAUAUAUAUAAUGCUUAGUAACAGCUGCUGGACGUCUGCAGCAUUAUCAGAGUCACAGUCCACAGAAGCUCACGUGCUAGAACAUCACAGAAGUGUUAGCUCAAGGAGUUUGAAACCACAACGGGAGUCAGUCCACUGCAGUUAGAAUGCUAGAGAUUAAUGAGAGUCAGAGUCCAUGGCAGCUGGAGCACUACAGCACAAUGCAAGUGAUAGGACACAACAGUUAGACUGUUAUACCAUCAUGGGGGUAAUAGUGCACAGCAGAUAUGGUUUGAUAUCCAUAGCAGAUACAAGGCUUGGGAACUAUGCAAAUUGUGAUGCUCAGAGUACAAGAGCAUCAUGGGAAUCCACAGCCACUGGAGUGGGAAGUUACUUAUUAUUAUUAGUAUUUAUAUAGCAGCAAUAUUUUCCCAGUGAUUUACACAGAACACUUUAACAUCAAGUAAUUGACAUACAAUAUAAUAUUGAUAGAGACAUUGGACUCACUACGUGCUUGAAGAGAAACUCUCACUAUGAUUUAGUGCACAAGGUACUAUGAUCAAUCCCAAAUAUAUUCUUACACUCUUACACCAGCCGCUCGUGAUGUGCAGUAUAACGUACUUAUGACAGUGACAUACCAUUUCCACCCACACACAUUUGUCCCAAAGGAUUAAAUCUAAACUAAUCUAAGCUUAAGAAAUGUUGUAUAAUUGAGCAGAAACAUAUCUGCUAAACAUUUGGCCCUCUGUUUCAUCAAGUCAUGAGUGAGAACAGGUGAUUAUCCCUUGGAGGAGCUAGUAUGCAUACUAUGUAGACAGAAUUAACUUGUACUGUGCAUUUUCCAUAACUCAAGUUUGACCUUGUGAGAAGUUAUGUCCCAUAAGCAAGGUCAAAAUAAAUCACAGGUGGGAGGGCAGUUUAGGAAUAGGACUAAACACAUUUAACAAAAUAAAAAAUACAUUUAAUUGUAUAAUUUCAAUAGUAAGUAAUAAGGUCAAAUUAACACAUAUAAUUACAUGCAAAGAAACCUGUGGAUAUGUUAAUUAAAAUGAAGAAAUUAAGGGUAUUGCGAUAUAUGUAUCAUAUGUAAAAUUAUGUUUAAAACCCCUAUGAUUACAUUUUCUAAACCAAAUAGAAAUGCAAUAUUUGGCAAUUAUUUUCUGUUCUCUUUUGCCACAUUUUAAAAUUUACAUAAAAAUGUAAAACUAUUAAAAAUGAUACUGUAAUAAAAAAGCUAUAUUUCUGCUAAUCACCCCAUAAGUGAUUGGUCAUUUCUCUAAUGGCCUUUUGGAAGAGCAUUCUAAUUUAAGUAUACAAUGAAAGCAAUCAUCUUUCUCUUAAGCCUUCUGUGUGCUCUAUGUCACAUGGUUGAUAAUGAAAUGUGUUUGUGAGUUGCUCACAUUUCGGCUUGGGUCAUUUCGGCUUGGGUUUCGCGAGGUGAUUUUAUUUGGUGUAAUGAAAGUAAAGUGAAUGCUUAUUGGAUUUAAAUGUGAAGGUUUAUUGGUUUAUGAUAAGGUCAGAUGAGCACUUUAAGGAGGAAAGAAAUGGCUAUCAAAGCCACUUUUAUUUUAAAUAGAUCUCUUAAUACACCAAGUCGAUGUGUAACUGUGAUAGUAAGUGAUUGUGACUUUUAAUCUCAAACACUGCUAAAUGAGGUUGUUUUACAUAUUUCUAAUAGAACAGAUUUGUUUCUGUGAUAUUGAAUAUUAGCUGUUCAUGAAAAUCCCCCCCCCCCCCUAUUUAAUAUAGCCCACGAAGCAGAAUUUAAAAUGUAUAUAGUAACACAAAUUCAGGUUAGGUUAGUCACCCAAGAGUUUAAACACUAAACAGGAAAUUAAAUGUAAAAUAAGUUGGGGGGAAAAAGUCACAGCUUCAACUUAUUUAAGUACAUUACAUUCAAACUUUAUUGCAUUCCUUUUGCAUAUACUGAUCAAUAAUACAGCAAAUAUUACCUUUAAUAAAAUGUAUUUCUAGUUGUACCUUAACCCCUUAAGGACUGAGCCAAAUGUACACGUUGUGAUCAAAACAAAAGGUAAAUAAAAUCUGGAAUUUGACUAUAUGUCUGUUCAACCGUAAUUCACCUCUUUCAUAAUAAGUGCACCCAUACUUAUUAUAUAUCAUUUUAUUCAGGGGAAACAUCAAAUAUUUAGGUAUGAAAUAUAAUUUAAUAUGAAUAAAAUAUAAAAAAGAAAUUUUAGUUCUACGUGUCAUUUUAACUGUGAAUGUCAUAAUACUGUUUGCUUUUACUGCAAUAAAAUACACAUAUUUGUAUUCGGCGAUGUCUCAUGUGUAAAACAGUACCCCCUAUGUACAGGUUUUAUGGUAUUUUGGGAAGUUACAGGGUCAAAUAUAGCAUGUUACAAUUUUCAGUUUUUUAACAUUGAAACUGGCCAAAUUUAGUGUUAAUAUUUGUUUGUGUGUGAAAAUGCAAAAAACUAAUUUGAACGCCAAUUUUGGCCAGUGUUUGUGACUAAGUGGCUUCUAAAAAAGACUGGACAUACCCCAUUGUCAAUACCUUGGGUUAUCUACUAUUGCAAAUGGUGUGCUAUCAUGGGGGUAAUUUUCAUUUCUGGGCUACCGUGCGGUUUCAAAGGCAACGUAACCAAUCUGGCGAAUUUCAAUAUGAAAAACACUGAAACGCAAGCCUUAUAUUUGACUCUGUAACGUUUGAAAAUGCCAUAAAACCUGUUCAUAAGGGGUACUGUUAUACUCGGUAAACAGUAAAAUGUAUCACAACAAUUAUAUUGUCAGUGUAAGUGUCAUUUGUGUGUGAAAAAUGCAAACAAUUUCACUUUCACUGACGAUAUCAUCGUUGUAAUACAUUUUACUAUUUUGAAACACUAAUAUUUGUGUUCAGCAAAGUCUUCCGAGUAAAACUGUACCCCCCAUGUAUAUGUUUUAUAUAUAUAUAUAUAUAUAUAUAAAAUAUAAUUUUUUACAUUAUUUUUAUUUAUAUAUAGGUAUAUAUAUAUAUAGUGAUACAUAUGUGUAUACUUAUGUAUAUAGAUAUAUAUAUUAUUUCGUUCGACUUGUAUUUUGAUAUCAAUAUAUAUAUAUAUUAAUAUCAAAAUACAGUUAUAUCUUUUUAAUUAUUUAUUUUUAAUUAUUUUUUUAUUUCUAUUUUUUAACAUAUUCACAUAUUUAUUUAUUUUAUAUUAUAUAUAAAUAUAUAUAUAAUUAUUAUUAUAUAUAUAAAUUUAAUCAAUAUUAUUCUACAUGUAUUUUGAUAUUAAUAUAUAUAUAUAUAUGUAUAUAUAUAUAUAAUUAUAUAUAUAUAUAUAUAUAUAUGUAUAUAUAUAUUAAGAUUAAAAUACACUUAGUGUAUGUGUAUGUAUUUGUAUGUGUAUAUAUACUUAGAUCAUAUAUAUAUAUAUAUGGUAUAUAUAUAUAUGAUCUAAGUAUAUAUAAUUUUAUUUUAAACUGUUUUUAACUUUUAUUUUAACUUUUUUUCAGGCAGCAGGGGGACUACCUGUAAUUCCAGGCACUCCCCCUGCUGGCAAUGCUGUGGACGGCUAUUCCAUCCAUGUGAUCGUGAGGUCCUCGCAAGGACCUCGCAAUCACAUGGCCCAGGAGGGCCGGAACGGCAGCAGUUCCCCCACCGCGUUUGCCGUCGUGUGAUCGCCGGCGAGCGGGUAAGUACAUAGGACGGCGGGGACGUGUUAUGCCACCCGUUGGCAUUUAGAGCUGGGUCCUCAAGGACGGAAUAUCAUGUCCGCCGUCCUUAAGGGGUUAAAAGGACUCUGUAGGCACCCAGACCACUUCAGCUCAUUGAAGUGGUCUGGGUGCAAGCUCCCAUCAUCCUUAACCCUGCAGCGGUUUUUGCAGUUUUUAUAAACUGCUAUAAUUACCUCUGAGGGUUAACUACUCCUCUAACAGACAGCCACUAUUUAGAUGGACUUUUGGUCCAUUAUCUGACACUGGACGUCCUCACGCUCUUCAUGAGGACCUGCAGCAUCAGAUUUUCCACAUAGGAAAGUUUAGAAUAAUGCCUGGGGAGAUCCUAAUGAGAGCACAGCUAUUGCCGCACAUGCGCAUUAGGUCUCCCCAGCUGAGUCAGCUUCGGCGCUGGACCCAGGUAAGUGACUGAAGGGUUUAUUAACCCCUUCAGUGCCACGGUAAGGGGCCUUGACAGAAGGGGAAGCUACAGUGCCAGGAAAAUGAGUUUGUUUUCCUGGCACUAUAGUUUCCCAUUAAAAAAGUAUAUAUUGAGGUCAAUCAAAUAAGCUAUAUUUCUAUACAGGGUAGAACACAUUUAGAUCUUACUGUUUUUAUGUUCCCUGUGCAAUAAAUUAUUACUCAUCUUAACAGUUUCUAUUGACCUUGGAAAGAUGAAAAGCUGUAUCGAACAUGCUCGGAAUUGACCAUGUAAACAUCAUAUUUAACCCCUUCCCAACCGUGGACAUACUAGGUACGUCCGAGAAAAAUGGUCCUUAAGGACCUCGGACGUACAUAGUACGUCCACUGCAUUGCUACUUACUUACCCAAUCGCAGUCCUUCCCCCGCCAGCGAUCGGUGUUCCUCUCCAUCUGGGGGGACUGUCUGACAGCCCAGACAGUCCCCCCUUGGCAAAUUAGGACCCCGUGGGUAUAUACAUAUAUUAAUAUAAAAAUACACUUAAAGUAAAAUUACACACGUAUAUAUUUAUAAUAUAUAUAACUCUAUAUAUUGUAUAUAUAUAUAUAUAUAUAUUAUUAUAAAAAUAAAUAAUAAUUAAUUAAAAAUGUAAAUAUAAUUACAAAAAUGUCAAUUAUAUAUAUAUAUAUAUAUGUAAUUUUAUUCUUACUAUAUUUUGAUAUUAUAUAUAUAUAUAUAUAUAUAUAUAUAUUUAUAUCAUAAUACACUUAGAAUUAAAUUAUAUAUAUAUAUAUAUAUGUAUAUAUAAAUAAAUAAAAACAAUAUGAAAUAUAUAUAUAUAUAUAUAUAUAUAUUCAUAUACAUAAUUAUAUAAUAUAAUCAUAUAAUAAUUGGAUUAAUUGGUUUUCAAUGCAUUCCUAUGGGAAAGCACGUUUCGGUUUACAAAUGUUUUGCAAUAAGAAACGUCCUGGAGAACACAUUCAAUUUGUAAACCGAGGUCCCAAGGUACAUAUAAGGUGUGAUUCAGAGAUUUAUUACAGAUAUAAUCGGUAUAAAGAGAUAAUGGGUAUUUCUAAACUCAGGACAAUAUUUUGAAACUAAUUAGCAUGCAUGUUUUUGGGCGGUUGUAGAUGCAUAACAGAUUUUGGGGGUCAAAGUUAGAAAAAGUGUGUUGUUUUUAAUUUUUUUAUCCUAUUUUAUAUUUUUUUAUAGUAAAUUAUAUGAUAUGAUGAAAAUAAUGGUAUCUUUAGAAAGACCGUUUAAUAGCGAGAAAAACAGUAUAUAAUAUGUGUGGGUACAGUAAUUGAGUAAGAGGGAAAUUGCAGCUAAACACAAACACCGCAGAAAAGUAAUAACAGCCCUGGUCCUUAACGGUAAACAAUUUUUAAAACGUUCUGGUUACUAAGAGGUUAAAAGUUUCUAAAGAGCUGACAAUUGAUAUGCGGAUUGAUUGACUGUUUGAAUCUGAUCUCAGUUAGCCCCACUCUGUCAAAAUGUACUUACCUAACAAAAUGCAGUCUCAAUCAUGAAUCUUUCUGUUAUUAUAGCAAGGUGUCAAAAUAAACACAAUAAAAUUUCCCACAGUGCAAAUAAAAAAUACUGUUACGCAAACUCUAUAACACUAAAACAUCGAGAGCUAACUAACCACCUGGCUCCAAAGAUAAAAUUACACUGAAGGCUAAGCGACCCAUAUACCCGACACAGGACAACACCACUACAAAGUUGGACUGAAAACGGGGAAAAGCCUGACCAUAACGCCAACAUCCCUAGGGAAUAACAGACGACCAAAUAGGACCCACAAUUCUGUAGAACUGAGGAAAGCGCUCACGCUUUCCCCCGAUAUGACAAAGCAACAACACAGAGAUAGAAUGACACACAGCCCAACACCCUCUUCAACAUCCCUGUCACACAACCAUAACGCACGAGUUAAAUAGAGUCCAGGCACACAGACUUUACUAUAGUAUCCUACUAUCUUCCAUUUCUUAUGCUAUCAUUAUUAUUAUUUUAUUUUUUUGUCAAAUACGUCCAAUGCAAGUCUGUAUCAUACUUGUUUAAAGUAAUGAUCACCCUCGAAGAAGACAUUGCAAAGCAAAUCCAAUAUGCCCCCCGUAGGGGCCACAAAAAUCCUAUGGGGUAUCCAAUCUAAAUAACGAACUUGAGCUCCAGGCCCAGGCGAGCCUAUCAAUACCUCCAUAGAUAUAGAGUCCAGGUACACAGAUUCUAUUGUCUUAUCUUACUGCCUUUUUACUUUCUAUUUUCAAAAUAUGUCCGAUGCAAGCCUUUAUUAUACCUACAUAUGUAUAUAAGGAAGAUUGUGUGAGAAGACACUAUACAACUGUGCAUUAUCCUCCCCCCCUCCAAUUUCUCUUUUGUACCCCAUUCCCCACCCAAUAAACUACAUGAAAUGAACCAUAAAUAAAGAAUUUAAAAAAAAAAAAUACUUUUAUGCAUCACCUGCAUAUAUCAAGUUGGACUUUGGAACGUUCCCUCUGGGCACAGAAAUGCGAGAAAUCAUGUUUCCAGAACCAUCCCAGAGUUCCCUGCUUGAUUUGCAAAUGAGCUCAGUAAGGCCUCGUGUUUCAGCGUUAAUUCUGCAUUUCUUCAGGUAUUCCUAGCAAUGGAUGCUGUUUUUAAUACAGCUUUUUAAAAUCAUAGCAUGGGUUGUGAUUCACAAAGGAUUCCAUUUAAUUGAACACAAUAUACUUCAAGAAUUUUUUUUUUAUUCCUUUAUUGCAUGGUGUGUUUAAUAUAGAAGUGUUUAUAUCUUUUUAUCUCCCCUUUGUUAAUUGCCUGCUAGAGCUCGCAGCACACCCCUGUGCUCAGUUAAAGUUCAAUUCAAUCAACAUACCAAGAGAUAAAAAUAUCUCGAAGGAAAUACAUUGUGCGUUAAGAUGUGAUUAAAAAUAAAAUUAAACUUUUUUUUUUACAGAGGCAAUUUGAGUCAUAGCCAGGGGAGGUGUCUCUAUAACUACAUAAACAGAAACAACAGUGAUUUAACUCCUAAAUGGCAAAAAAUGUAGCAGUGACUUUACAUGUUGAAAACAUGAGGAGAACAAUGCAGUUUUUCUCAUAACCAAAGACAACAUAUGAUAAAAAGCAAAUGUGUCACAUUUCAGAACCCAAUUACAGAUUUAUGAAACAAAGUACCAUUAAAGGAAUUAGAUUUCCUCGUCAACUAUUAGACACUAUUAGUCCUAUGCUUGUGACAAGGGUUUUAACACUAGGAGUGAUUUUUACCUUUCAUCAUUUUAUGUCUUGUAGGUUAUAUAAUUCUGUAUCCUGUACACUGUGUGUGAUUUAAGGAUGACACUUUAUAUUUUCAGUGAAUGGUACUUAGAAUGGAUGUAAGCGCUUAACACUUCUAAUAUUCAAAGAACUCGCAAUGAAUCUCAUUAUGUUCUUCAUUUUUUCAGGAGAACAGCAAAAGACAGAAAGAAAAGCUAUGUGAAAAAUUUGAUUAUUUAUACGCUAUCCUUGAGGAAAGGAAAGGGGAACUAACCCAAGUCAUCACUAGAGACCAAGAAGAAAGACUUGAAUAUGUGAGAUCUUUAAUGAAAAAGUAUGCUGACCAUUUAGAAACUGUUUCAAAACUGGUGGAGUCCGGAAUUCAGUAUAUGGAUGAGCCAGAAAUGGCUGUAUUCUUGCAGGUGAGUCUUUAUAAAUAUCGACACAGUGGCAAAUAAUUAACUUAUUUAUGGAAUAGGUGGGAUAUAUACAUUUAAAAAUAAUAAUAAUAAUAAUAAUAGUUUAAUAUUUAAUAAAGGAAAUUAUUUUGCCUAACUGGACAAUGUCAGCAAUGUUAAUUUCUGGGGCAUUCUGCAGGGAAUCGGUUUUAUUUUUUUUAAAAAGAAAUCCCUGCUCUGUCUUAAAACAAACAAAAAAAUAUGAUUUUAAAAGCUCACUUUGAUAAAUAUUUAUAUAAUAUUUUCGAAAGCAUUUCAUUAAAGAGGCACUGUCACUGCUAUUUUUUUUCCCUCUAAAUUAGUUUGUUUUAUAUGUUCAAAAUUCAACUUAUAAAUAAAAAAAAGUACGGACUACUAUAUCUUAUUUAGUGCGUGAUCUCUGGCAAUGGUGCAGCUUGGAAGGUCACUCCAGAACACUUCUAGCACCAACACAACUUAAAGGACAUCUGUCACCUCAAAACUAUGUUUUAAUCUAAUAAUUGUACCUUUAGUAUAUGACACAAACUUUUCGCAAUAUACAUGCACCUUGGGUCAAACAGUGUUUGAAAACCAACAGUUAGUCUCUAUAUACAAAAGCAGGUAAUAUUGCUGCUCCUGCUAUUUCCUCUAUUGCUCACUUCUUACCUGAUCUGUUAACGGGAAAAUGCUCCUAUCAGUUUACUGCUAAAUAUACAGGCAUACCCCACUUUUAAGUACACAAUGGGAUCAGAGCAUGUAUGUUUAAAACGAAAUUGUACUUAAAGUGAAGCAAUACCUUUUUUCACUUCCCAAUUGCAUGUACUGCAUUGCAAUAGUAAAUUAAAGGCAUAACUGAUACUGCAACUGCAGAUUUCCAGUGAUUUUAUUUCCAGUGAUUUAUUCAGUGAUUUCCAGUGGGCUUUUAUUUAGUUAAAACAAACAGUAAAAAAAAAAAAAUCUCAUUCCAGAUUGUACCAUUUAUCUUUAAUGUUUUACUCAUCUGACAACCUUAAACUGGGAGGAAAAGUAAAAUAAACCUGCCCACUGGACUAUUUUCUGUCAAUACAGUGCCAAUUUGUAUUUGUUAGCAGCUUAGUUGCACACUUUGUUUAGAAACACCUCUUCGUCAUUUUAAGCAUUUAUGGUUUAACUUUGAAUCCUCAGAAUUGUGGCUAAUGCAGCUAAGCUGCUAAGUCAUAGUUAUAGAAAAUGGCAGGGUAAACCCUUUCACUGGAUGGCAGCCGAUUGCAAAAUAUGGACAACGUAGGGCAGAAAAAAAAAAUCUAUAUGUUCAGCUAGGAGUAGGCAUUAUAAAUUUGAGAUGAUUAACCUGUGCCAUGUCAGAAGGUGUGGAAGUUCUUGCCCCAAUGACACUGAACUGAGCUGCUCCAGGCGAGAAUAGAACCUUCCAUUUACUGUUCAUUCGCAAACAGAAGACGCGCAGGAAUGUCUGUACUCACGAGGUACCUUUAAGUACACUCGCGGGUAUGUCUGUACUCUCAAGUGUAUGUAAAGUGAGUGCCUGUAUAUACAUAAUAUAUUUUUUCAUAUGUUACAGCACACUGAAUCAUGUUUAUGGUCCUUUUUUGUUUGUUUUUUUUUUUUUUUGUUCUUCUGCUUUGGUUCCGAAUUGGAAUCUUGGCUCCGACAUUUUGCGGUGUUAAACAUUCAGCCAAAAUUUGAGUGUCCUGAAAACUUUCUGUUUUGGGGAAAAAUCAUUAGGCUGAGCCAUGUUUUAACACUGUACACAAGUCUACUGGUAACAACAACACUAGAACGUGUUUCUUGCAAACACACUUUUCAAAGUUACACCCUGGAAAGAGCUGACGAUAGGGCUGGGCAGUCUGGGCUUAGGGUUACUGAUGCUGGGAUGGAAAAAAUGUGGUGUCUUGAUUUUAAGACAGACACUCAUCAAAGGAUACAAGAAAUAAAGUUUAAAAAAAUGGGCUACAGAAUUAUUCACAAACAUAAGAAUUCAAGUGGAAUUCAAAGUGAAUUUUAUCUCAAAAUAGCCAAAAUGGAAAAAUGUUUUUAAGGCAGCUAUUCUUCCAUUUCAACUAUUCUGGCCUUAAAUGUGAAAUUCCCUGCUAAAGUCAAAACUAGCAAGCAAGUCAGAAAGCAUUAUACUAAAGUGAAAAUUGUGGGGUAUUCAAAGUGUAUUCAAAUCAAAUUUCAAUUUUAGAGUGAUACUAGAAGCAUCAAAACAACUUUAACGUAUUAUAGUGUAUAGUUCAUGCCCCUACUCCGUUCUCUGCCAUUUAGGAGUUACGUGACUUUUGUUUCUGUUUAUGCAGCCCUAGCCACACUGACUGACUGUGACUGACACAGCCUGCAUGAAAGAAUGGUUUUAUUUUUAGUUAGAGGUUAUCUUGCCUCAUACGGUUUUUUAUCUCCUGCUCUGUAAAUUGAACAUUAAUUACACACGGGGAUGCCUGCAGGGUAUAGAAGUUUGUUAAUAGAGCAAAAUAUAAGAAAUUCUAAAUAAACAGAAUGUGCAAUCAAGGAAGUUUAAAUAUUACAUUUCUCUUUACAGGAAGUGUUUAGGAAGGCUGUGCAAGUCACAUGCAGGGAGGUGUGACUAGGGCUGAAUAAACAGUGAUUUAACAACUAAAUGGCAGAGAAUUGAGCAGUGAGGAUGCAGGGGCAUGUUCUAUACACCAAAGCUGCUUCGUUAGGAUAAAGUUGUUUUGGUGCCAAUCGUGUUCCUUGAAGAACAAACUAGCUGAACUGGAAGGACAGCUGAGUAAGAUACAUUUUUCCAGUUUGGCUAUUAUGGCCUUACAUUAAAAUUUACUUUGAACUCUCACUUUAGUGAACAAUCCCCUAAGUGAUUAGGUACAAUAAGAAGAUCUAUAAGAAUCAAACACAGUUAUUCACUAAAGUGAGAAUAUGAUGUAAAUUAAAAUUAAAUUUCAAAUUUAAGGUCUAAGUAGUCAAACUGGAAGCAUAGAGUUUUUGAGAUUUUUUUCCAAUUUGGCUAUUUUGGCCUACAAUUUUAAAUUCUCUUUGAAAGAGCAGCUCACUGGAUGGUAUAUGGAAAUGUUAUUCUAAUUCUGAAUUGCUCUUGGAACAGAGCCGUAAUGUGGUUAAUCACCGAUUUGAGGCAGGUGCCAAAAUAAUAUUCAUGAUCAGGGAACAAGACACGAUAUCCUUCAGAGCAGGACUUUACACUUGUAAUCAACUCAAUCAACACCUAUUCCAGCAGCAAAGUGAGUCAUGAGAUCUAGAUUGGUAACACAUUACUUAGAAACACAUACAUUUAAGGAUACACAAAAAACAGAUACAACUAUAAUUCAUAGUGUCUGCAUAAAGAUGCUGUUGGACUAGUUAGACACAUUUUCCCCAUAAAUGAACCACCUAGCUUAACAUUUUUGACCAUUUCAGUAUCCACCAUUUGACUAUCUGUCAUGUUGUAGAUGCUGGGAGUGGUGUACUACACUGUAAUGAUUAUGGUUCUUGGAUUGUCCAUUUAAACAAGCAGCUAAGGGAGAAAAGGGAAACCAGGCAUGGACAAGUACACAAAGAAACAAGGUGCAUUACUGAUGACAAAGGCGAGUCUCAGGUAGAACCUAACACUAGUUCACCUGUAUUCCCAAAAGGUUUUACUGGCUGGUACAUGAGCUCUUUUCUGCGAUUUUUAGUCUAACAGCAAGUGGAGGGCUGCAUCACUAAUAAAAUCCAAUGCAGGUGCAAAAUAUGACGCAAGGGUCUGACAACAGAGGUUGGCCUGGUGGCUUGCCCAGUGUGCCACAAGGUGUGGGCGACCUCCAUGCAGUCUAUCUCACACUUUCACAAAGCCACAGUAGGCACGUGCCUACUUCACGGUGCUCGAAUGUGGUGGUGUUUUUUUGCUACUUGCACAUAGAGGGGGUCUGGAGUUGGGGCACAUUAUUUCCUAUUGUUUGAAGGCCCUGUGAAUUGUCAGCUGAUGAUAUAGAUGUAGAAUCUGAACCUUUCAUUCUGGACUAUGCAGAGAAAUGAAAUACUGUCGGUUACCUGGUUCAUGUUGCUUGGAUUUCAAUGCCGGAUGACCUUAGCAUUAUAAAUAUAAGUUUUUUUAUAGCUUUUCAGCUUCAACAUUUCUUAUGGUAUAUUGUCCAUAAACAUCUAAAGAUGCCUACAAACACAUUUUUGUUAUGUUUAAUUAGAAACAGAAACACAUAAUGGGUUUACAUGUGCUGCUUUGAAAACUCACGUGCCACCCCUGGUUAAAUGUCAAAUUAAAAUGAAACAUUGUUGCAAAACCAACAUGCUAUCCCAUCAAAAUGUAUAAUAUAUUACACAGUUUAUAACCUUUACCAUGCUAUCAACAUUCAUUUUAUAUUUAAGAAAGUUCUCUUAUGACGUUAAUAUGUAAACAUUACACGAGUUUGCCCUUUGUAUUGGGUAGAAGUGUUGGCCCAUGUAACUGACAUUGUCCAUAAUGGCAACAAUUUUAUGUAUUGGACAGAACAGAAAUGCAGUCGGAGGUGCACUGAACUUGUAUCAGUACAACAGAAAUAUGGCAGUAGGCAGGAAUAGUGAAAGACUUGUGUUGUCCCAGCACUGUAUGAAUUAGUAUUUAGUCUGACUGCUCCCACUGGGAUAGUUCCUAGUAGACUAGUAGACCUAGUAUCUGAGGCUGACUUGGCUCCACAACUAUGUUGAGUAUAUAUGAUGUGUAAGUGUGUGCAUGUGUCUGUUGGGUGAUAUUAGACAAUGUUCAACACACUCAUCAUCAUCAAACAUUUUAGUUGUCAGAUGUGGCAUGAGAGUCACGGAAAAGUUGCCUCAUGUUGCACAGGUCAAACUGAUUGAGGUUGCAGGGAUAUAUGACGCAACAAGCUGAGACUCAAGCAGCCUUUGUCUGUUAACCUGUCUGUAUAGUAACAGUGAAGACAAAACUGCUUUUGAACACAGUAAAGGAAUCUUGUCAAAGCUACCCUUUGUAUUAAUUAACAUUCCAAUUCAUCUGUUAAAUAAAAAGUUUUGUGGAGAGCUAUUUCAUAAGAGUAUCUUCAGCUGUAAAGUAAUGCAAUUUUCAAUAAUGUGAGGAAAGAUGAAAGCAUCACGUUAAAUACCUCCUAUUUUUAUCUCAUUUGACACUUUUUAGCAUGACCUACUAUUUUCAUUUAAAAUGCGUAGCCUGAUUUUUAGCUAAUUAUAAAUCAACCGUCUGACACUCUUGUGUGUUUUCCUCUUAAGCUUUUUAACAGGUGUGUGAUGUUAACUAAUUUCCCAAGAGAUAUUAUAUCAGCCUCAUUUUUUUAGAUGCUAUCAGCCUAUGAUUAAGUUCUUAUAGAUGAAUCACAUUGGGCACCAACAUCGGAACACCAAGUGACACUUUUAUCUAUCCACUAAGGGUGAUGAUCUGUACCAUUGAUAUGUUAAUCAAAGUGUAAAUACAGCAUUGUUUUUUGUUUAUUUAGCUAUGAAUUCAUUUUUGUUGUGUUUUAUAUUGAUAUCAUUCUUGUUUUGUGUUUGCAUUUUACAGAAUUCUAAAGUAUUACUACAAAAGUAAGUAAUCCAUAUCCCAAAUGUGUGUGCACCUGUGCAUUUAUUUAACAGAUACAGUUAAUGUAACCAUUUCAUGUCAUAGAAUCACAGAAGCAUCUAAAGGAUUUCAGAUGGAAAAAAUUCAACCUGGAUACGAAAGCAUGAAUUCUUUCACAGUGGACCUUAAUAGAGAAGAACGAGUAUUACGAGAAAUAGACUUUUAUAAAGGUAUGUUAAAGCUAAAGUGACCAUUAUAUAGCAAAAGAAGUAACAUCAUUAUUUUAUCUUAUUAUUCUUCUCAGUUAUACCUGAAAUUCAUAAAUCUGGUACGUGAGGGUAAGCAAAGAAGAGUGGAGGUACUCGAGUCACAGAACAUAUUUUCCUUUAGCUGACAUACUACAUAGCACUUUUUUAUUGUAACAAUAAAACAAUAUAUUCAUAGUCUUUCAUAUAUCCACCAGCAAAGAUAUCAACUGAGUUCUUGAGAACUGACAUUUAAAGCUAGAAUAUGUAUAUAUACAUAGAUCUUUUAUUGUUAGAAGAUGAAGAUGAAGAAGACGUGGCAGAAGGUGAAGAUUCAGAUGUCCAUACAGAAUCAUCUGGUGAAGAAGACACCACAGAAAAUGGGACCCAGAUAUCUCAAGUUAACAGUGAAUCUGUUAGUAUUCCUGACGCGGUACCUCAAUCACAAGACGCCAACUUACCGACAACUGACAUUCCUGCUCAUCCGGUAAUUCAACUUACUCGUUUCAUAUUUUACAAAAACAAGUUUAGUUGCUCUUAAAAAGUAAAUAAGUGCCAAAAAAAUGAGAGUGUGAACUGAGAUUGUGGAGAUAUAUUUUCCGUGUAUAGUAAAGGUAAAUAAUUGCCCUCCUUGUACUGAAAUGAGUCUCAUCUGUUCAUCUUUUACUAUACAGUUGCCUAGGAGAUGCAUUAUUUAUUCUGUAAAAAUGUAAAGGCUUGAUACUAUAAGAGUAUUGGUUAUAUUAUCUAUUAUAUAUAAUAUAUAUAUAUUUUUAACUUUAAUCAACACUUUCAUGCAUUUUGAGGAAUCUACAAAAACCUGGCUAGCUUUUCAUCAAAGUAAGUAAAAUAGUUAGAACCAAAAAAAAAAAAAAGUGAGUAUUGCAUAGUGAAGGGGCUAGGUGGCUCACCAAUUUUUACUUGAUUGUGUGAGAGGAUAAACCACUCAAAAGGCAAGGUGUUGGCAGUCAGUAUGCACAUCAUCAUAAAAUCACAGCAUCAUUCCAGAUAUCACUGGAAAAAAAGAGAGAAGGAAUGAAAAACAUACACCAAUCAGCCACAACAUUAAAAACACCUUCCUAAUAUUGUGUAGGUCCCCUGGUGCUGCCAGAACAGCUCUGAUGCAUGGUUUCCACAAGACCUCUGAUUGUGUCCUGUGUUAUCUGGCACCAAGACAGUAGCAGCAGAUCCUUUGACUCCUGCAAGUUGCAAGGUAGUGCUUCCAUGGAUCGGAUUUAUUGAUCCAACACAUCCCACAGAAGGCUCGAUCAGAUUGAGGUCUGGGGAAAUUGGAGGCCAAGGCAACACCUUAAACUUUUUGUCAUGUUCCUCAAACCAUUCCUGACCAAUGUGUGCAGUGUAACAGCUUGCAUUACCCUGCUUAAAGGGUCACUGUCAUCAGGGAACACCAUUGCCAUGAAGAGGCGUACAUAGUCUGCAAUCAUCUCUAGGUAGGUGGUACAUUCCACGGUUUCCCUGCAGAAUAUUGCCCACAGCAAUAUUACCUUCUUCCCAUAGUGCAUCCUGCUGCUAUUAAACAUCACAAAUGGCCUAUGACUGCAGCAUAAAGGUAAUUAUAUAGGUAACCACGGCACAAGGGCACCAUAACCACGGCAGUGUACUGUAGAGGAUGUGGGGCUUGUAGUGUUCAUUUACAUGUACAGUCUUUUCUCUUUAUUUAUAACUCUUUAUUAAAGUUUUCAAACUUAAAAAAAAAAUUCAAAUAGUUAUUCUUAUACUAUACAAAAUACUAAAUAUUGAAAUUAAUUCUAAAUGUGCACAGACAUAAAAACCAACAGCCAACAACAUAUCUUACAGCAUGUCAAGCUCAGGUUUGUGCUAUCAACAAUUAUCCAAAUUCAUUCAAUUAAAUAGCCACCAUAGUGGGUGGGAAUGGGGGACAAAUGAUUAAUUUGUAUAUAUAGACUGUAGAUAUUUUGUUUAGGCACAAAUUAAGGUCUAAACUCACAGGACAAAUGUGUGCUGGCAUAGAGAACCAUUGGGAACAUAUUUCUAUAUACUUUUUUUUUCCAAGUAUACGUCCUUGCUUAAAAAAGAUCUCUCUGCUGAGGCUUGAACUACUAUUUUAGAUCGUAUUUGGACUCUCUUGUCUUUUCCAGUAUCUGGCUAUAUAAAUCUUAAAAGCAAGGAGUAUAUUAACACAAAUGUACAGUCUUUUACAAGCAAUGAAACCUGAGCUUUCUCCCAUGACAAGUGACAGAGGGGAUGAACUUGGAGUUGCAAUGGUUUUUACAUGUACCUUGUGGCAGGGGACUGCCUAAAAUUCUAAUAUAUACAAAUUGCUGAGAGUGUUAUGGUGCUUAGAGAGUCCUUUUAUUGGGCACUUCAAUAAAUGUUUUUAUAGGGUGUACUUCACACUCUAAUAUUAUCUUUGAUAUGGGUUAACAAUGGGGGAACUUUAUCAAAGGAUGUUAAUCUGGCUAUUUUGGUCAAAUUCAAUCCUCCACUAAUUUGAAAGUUUGUGUUUUUUUUUAGUCUCUGCACUAAAUGGAAUUGUGCCCAAACAGGAAUUACUAUUAAAGGGACACUACAAAUGGAAUUGUGCCCAAGCAGGAAUUACUAUUAAAGGGACACUACAGUGUUAGGAAUACAAACAUGUAUAAAUAUUUAGGUUUUAGGCCCCCCUCAGAAUGGACUGUAAAAGUAGAUUACUUAUCUUUCCUCCAUCGCCGGACUGGUCUCCCCAUGACUGGCCCUGUCUCCAUGGCUGAGAUCAUUAAUCCUCUAUAGGUUAGUGAGAGCCAGAAGCUCUCAAAACGCUGCUCUGUGCCUAUCAGCAUCUCCUUAUAGAGAUGCAUUGAAUCAAAGCAUCUUUAAGGGGAGCGUUUAGCAUCAUGAAGAUGCUGAAUUAAAUAGGAAGUACUUCUAAUGGCCAUCAGAGUGACGGCCACUAGAGGUGUCGCUAGGUAGCAAUGUAAGCACAGCCUUUUCUCUUAAAAGGCAGUGUUUACAUUAAAAAGCAUGCAGGGACAUGCUAUACUACAUGAAGCUGUAGUGGUUCUGGUGACUACAGUGUCCUUUUAAACAUAGACUGAUCAUAGUUCUUAAAAACAAUAAUACCUUUCCAGAUAACCUUUGUGUAUUAUAGGGGGCACACAUAUUUGUGUUUUGGUUUUACAAAGUUUUAUAUGAGUCAUCAUGAAAAAAGCACAUACAGUUAACAUUCAGCUAAAACAUUCAAACAAGUUUGUAUUUUAUGCUAGCUAGUAUUACUGGACGCAAUUUACAAUUUAUUCAGUUUCAAAUAGAAUGUGCUAUUGUUCCUGGUUUCCAGCUGUUUCAGAGUAUUAUUGUGAUCUAUAAAAUCCGUAUCUCUGAUAUCAGCAAUACAUUUUUACUAGUGUUUGUCAUUCUGUACAUACAAAUGAGUGUAGCAGAGCUGGCAUUUGGUGGAUAGUAAAGGGGUAGCGGAUGUGUUGCCUCCAGUCUUUUACUUGCCAGUAGCUAGCACAGGGGUAGACAACCAUCGGCACUCCAGAUGUUGCGGACUGUAGCUUUGAACUAGGGGUUGUUGUAGCUGGUAGAUACUUGUGGCACACUGACGGUCAAUAAUAAGUGGAAUCUAGUGAUGUCUACUAAAAAAUUGACAUUUGAUGAUAAGUGAUACAUUUCAACUGGACUGUUGUUAGAUGCUAAUUCUUCUCAGUUUAAUAUUUUUGAUGAUAAGUGUACAUUCUAUUUGAUUGAAGCUCUUUAUGAAUGAUGCUGCAAGUUGGUGCUGUGUCCAAAGUGAUGCUGAAAGUUGGUGGAUCCUGAGUUGCCAAUAUAUUCUAGAGGAUGGAAUGUAGCACACAAUCGUAAUGGCAUAGCUGUUGGUAUGUUGUUGUUGGCACGAUAGAACAUGAUUGUAAGUUUGUGUUUGCUACGGAUCAGUGGGAUGGUGGUGAAUGAUUCCUGCCCAUCUGUUACUUGAAACUCCGUCACUACAUGGAGAAACAAGCUAUUUUGUCCUGCAUUUGCAAUCCACUUUAUAACUCGCUACAAUUCACUGCUCAGUAAAUUCUGUGAGUUAUUGGCAGUGGGAUUCAGAUGCUUCAUUUAUCACAUCAUGUAAUUUCAUGUGUCUUUUGUGAUGCUUGCAGUUUAUUCCCGACACUGACUCAUUAUUAUUUAAUGGUAAGUAAACAGUUAAGAUAGGGAGAGGGCCAGUGGACAUUAAUCAUGGUGCUAUGACCCAAUGUGUAGAGAAAUACAGGUAAUUAAGUGAAAAUUUUUAAAUAUUCAUCUAAGCUAAUUUUUAAUUGAAUUAACAUAUAUACCCAAGGAUCCUGAUAAAAUAAAUGCAAUUCAAACACUUGGAACACUCUUUCCUAUAGAUCUUAGACAAAUAGGAUAGUAAAAGGUUGUCUAGUACCAAUAACCCUUCAGAAGGUUGACUUACAUAGACUGAUUACUACAAGGACCAAUGGCUGAUAUGCUCAUAGUGCUAAAUGUUAUCCUUGAUUAACAGAGAGCAAACAAACAUCUGUUGCACACUUGUCUAUCAUCAAUGCUCAUCAUAAAUAUUGUAAUAUUGUAAAAAAAACAAAAAAAAAAACAAGUGUACCUCUUGUACGGAAUGGGGUCAUUGUAUUAAGACUUACAGUGUUAUUCACAAUUUUCACAAAUUUAUUCUGAAUGGCAAAAAUGAGCUAGAAAUAGCUCAUCUGGAAACAAAUCUCUAAAACAGCUAUAGUCACAGUUUGGCUAAUUGUUCCUCAAUUUUGCCACUUAAAAUUAAUUUGUAAACAUUCAGUGUUUAGUGAAAAACCCAGAAAUUACCAUACUGACUUUCAAAUAAUUUGAUUUUGUUCUGUUGUGAUUGACAAGUAAAUAGGCCAGUAAUGGUAAAUAUAUGGCACUGAGGUCAUUGUUAUCACCCAAAGGACACUCAUAGGGCACCCAGGAUUGAUAUUAAAGGUACACUCUGGGCUCCAAUACCAAUUUAAUGCAUUUCAUAGGUUUUGGCCUCAUUAAUAUGCUGUAUUUUUUCAUUUUUUCCGUUUUCAAAUAUUUAUAGUGUUUGCAUAAAAUAAAUAAACGUUUUGCAGAAUUCUGUACCAUAAGCUUGCCUCUUUAGCCACACCCUCUUACUCCAGAAAAAUACUUUAUUAUCAAAUGUAUGCACACAGUCAGCCACUGACAGCACUGAGUAAUCUGAACAGCAAAACAACCUGCAUUAGUAGGAGAUAAUCCCCAGUGAGGAAUAUUGUAAGCAUAUCACUACCUGUUUGUUGUUUCACUGACUGUCUGCAGCCAGGUUGUGAAUUAAGAAGAGCUCACUCAGUGCUGAGUGCAUUCCUUAGAUAAGGAGGUAUUUUUGGCAUGAAGGGGCAUGGCUAAGAAGGUAGGCUUAUGGUGCAGCAUUCUGCAAAAAAUAUACUUAUUUUGUGCAAAAAAAUAUAAAGAUUUGAGCAUGCAAAAAAUACAGCAUAUUAAUGAGGUUAAAACCUAUUAAAUGCGUUAAAGUCGUAUUGGUGCCCCAAGUGUCACUUUAGAGGCCCAAAUAAAAAUGGUGGGUAAAUGUGCAUAAUGCUGAGAUCAGUGCACAUAAUGUAAAUUACUGGUACACAAAGCAGACAGAAAGGAGUCACUUUAUCCAACUGCCUAUAUUCCUCAAAUAAUAGAAGAGUGUCCCUCUUAAUGAAUUAUUCAAAGUUUUAAAAUAGCCAGUUUUAAAAUAUGGUAUAUUAUUCAUAUAAUUACAGAAACAAAAACUUUAGGUGGGUUCUAGUAACAAAUACUAUAUAGGAAUUAUCCAUACUCUCUGGAAUGUACAUAAUUGUUGUGAUAAUUAAACAUGACUCAUUCUAUAGUUGUUUUUUGUAUAGAUGUCUAGUGUGUUGACCUGUUUCAUUGUAUCUCUUAACAUUUCUUUUUUGGUACUCCACUUUUUAACACAGUAAAUAGCCUUGUAAGUUAAUCAUACAGAAGGCCAUAACUUGCAUACCAAAAGAUAACUUUUCUUUUUCACUUUAUCUGUCCUGAUAAAGGUUGGUGUUGUGCUGAGUGGCAUUCAACAUACUUCCCAGCCUAAAACUGAAGUGCUCUCAUCAACAGAGACCUCGGAUCCCUUGCUUUACCCUAGUUGGUAUAAAGGCCAAGUACGAGAGGAAUCCAGCUCAAACAAGGCGUUGUUGAGUGAUCCUUUGGGUCAAAUAGGUUCUUCAGUUCCAAAGGAAAUGAUUGUAAAGAAAACAGACCCUGCAGCAACAGUUAAAGAUAGUAUAGCAGGGGCUGGUGAGGAAACCGGCUCAUCUGCAGAUGCUCCAAAGGUCAGUGAUCAUAUCCAUGUUGCAUCUGUGUGCAAUGAUUAUCCUACCCUCUAAUUUUAUAGGCAAAGAGCUGUUCUCCAUCUUACAUGGGGAUAGAGCACACACUAACAUACAGCUAAUAUCUUUAUUUAUACAUUCUUUCUUUAGAGACAGGAUUUUUAUUCCUGCAUGAUACAUAAACACUACUGAGUUAGAACAUUCCAAAAUAUGUCUGUGGAAUGUAGCUAAAAAAAUUGUAGCACUAUAUAGUGCUACACAGUGCUUACUGUAUAUGGCUGCUUAUCUCAGUUGUUUCGAUGCUUUGAUUCUUACAUCAAGAUUUAAGUGCAAUUUAAAUAAAAUAUAACUCUUUACAUCCUUGUGGCUCACACCUGUGGUAAAAAGCUCUCCCUGGUGUCAAGUGGACUCCAUCCUGCUACAGGUUAAAAAAGAGGUAGUUGCUGGUAUUUGAUCUCAGAUCGUGGACCCACUUACUAUGUUGUGAACAUGAUGUGGGAAUUACUAUAAAGAAGAAAGAAGUCCCAAUGACCACAUUUAACUCUCUGGGUACCAGCAGUGCAUUUACUGCUAAUGCCCAGUACCUACCUAAUAAUACAGCUGGAGAGGCUCAAGAGACCCCAAAGAGUAGGUGCAAUGUCAGUGCUCUCCCCCUUAGUCCUCCUGUACCUUACCAGAUGUAUUAGUAAGUGCCAUAGAGCUUCUAGUUAAUGCACUGCCUGUCACAUAUAAACUGCUAUAUGACUAUGAGUACAGGAAGCACUAGUAGAGGAAAGCCACCCCACCUUGAAGUGCCACUUGGAUCCAUUGGACCCACCAGUUCUUCCAUUUAUGGUCCAGCCUUGAUUUAAUAACUACUGACAGAAUUGCUAUCACUAUUCUUGUAUUAAAGGAAACCUCUAAUUUAAAAAAAGAAGCAUCUUUUUAUUAGAUGUGUUCCUCUAAGUCUUUAGAACAAUGGCCUCCCAUUAAAUAAAAAGAACAUUAAACAUGUUACUUGCUGUAAUCCAGCACCAGGGCAGACUCCUCUUCUAAUUCCAUUCCUUCUUCUUUGAAAUUGUGACAACUGAUUACUUUUGUCCAAUUAGAUUCUUUUCAUAGAAUACAUUUCUAUGAGAAGAAUGGAAUCAAAUGCUUCUUACAGAGCAGCACUGGACACACAGCCAACAUCUGAAUACUUUCCACGUGGACACUGGACAUCAAGUAUUGAAUUUCUUUUUGUCUUAAGUUCUAGUGGGGGUCUGUCCGACAGCCACUAUAGGUGAGGAAACUGCAAAAACAGUACUACUUACAGGAGCAAUCAAAAGCAGGACAUCUUUAAGAUGAAGAGCUACUAGUGCUUGGUUUGUUCAUUUAACUUCUCAAGAUACAUGCACAAUCUGCCCACAUCGUCAUGCUCAUCACUCCUAUUUGGUCUUAUUUAAAAUAUACCAGGCAGUUUCAAAGUAAACAUUGCGUUUGGAUUUCAUUCUAGUGUGCUGACACUGAAUAUAUAUUUCUAGCCUUGUGACAAAAACAAAAUAUGUUUGUAUAUGCUAUUUUUGCACAUUUUUCACAGAUCUGCUAUUUAGGAAGUGCAAAAAUUAUUUGUAAAUGCAUUUCCGCAGAUUUCGUAAAAUUAUGUUAGACAUACCAAAACUAUAUUGUUAAUUAAUAAAAAAAUUUUAGAUCUGUUUUAAUAAGAUAUUCUCAACUUUUCAUAGAAAGUAGAGUAGCUUUGAAUGUAAAGUAGGUCAGUGUUAGUAUAUUUCUCAUUUGAUCAUUUACAAUUAAGAAAUAUCAUAUAAUGUUUAUAGGAACAUUUAAAGGGUUAAUCCAAGCACAAUGACCACUUUAGUGGUUUAAAUUGGCCAUGGUGCUUGGAGUUUUCAUGCGCAGCGUUUAAAUAUGAACUGCUGUAAAUCAGAGAUAGACUUCCAUUACCACUUUUGUUCUUAGAAGUGGUAAUGGAUGAAGCAAUGUUUCUAAAACGGAACUCCUCAUAUUUCCACCAUCCCUCCAUCUAUCUCCCUGCAUGUCAUUUGGACACCUAUUACCUCAUCUCCUCAGGCAUUGAAUUACUAUUAAGUCAGGAUUUGCCUUUUCUCAAUCCAGUCAAUCUCUACAUUCUACAACUUCCACCUACAAAUAUUGUUUGCUGUUGCCCUUUUCUAACUCUAGAUGAAAUUAAGGCUUUCGUUCAUGCACUCAUCAUUUUACAACUUGACUACUGCAACUCACUAUUCAUCGACCUUCCAAAUAACCAUAUUGCCACUCUUUAGUCUGAAAUGAAUACUGCCACCAGGCUCAUCAUUCUGACUGACUGCUACUCCCACACCUCACCCCUUUGCUAAUCUUAGCAUUGGCACCCUGUACGCUUCUGGAUCCAAUUCAAACUCCUAACAUUUACCUACAAGGUAGAAACUACAAUGCUUCCUCCCUUGAUCAGUGCACUCCCUGGCAGCCCUCCCUGCCUCCCUACAUUUUCUACAAUUUAUAUAUUUUAUAUAUAUAUAUAUACAUAUAUAUAAACCCAGCCAAUGUAUUCCCUCAACUCCCUCGCCUCCCUAGUUUAGAGAGUGCACUUACAGUCUAAACCUGGGACAAUGGUCCAAGAGACGCAUUAUAUUGGACCUCUGAGUGACACAUCAUGGAAACAAACAAGGAGAAUAGGAUUGAAGUCAAGUUAAGUAUUAAUGUAUUUAAAAUACUUUACUAUUAAAAGAUGGUGGUCAUAUUUAAUAGUGCCCAGCAGGGAAUUGUAAAGUAUAAAAACCACAUUGUGAAAAAAGCUUAUUAGUAACUCCUUAAUGAUACUGUCGGAGGUGUAACUUCACCCUCAGCAGUGUCAUUAAUACGCCAUUAGCCAGCCCAAAACAAAAAUUCUGUGCUGGCAAAUGUCCAUUCUGGGCAUAUUCUGUGCUGGGGAGUGUCAUUCAUUGAGGACCUAGCUGACACUCCCACACAAUGAACGACUGGCAUCCCACUUACGCAGGUCUGCAAAGCCAGGCCCGGGUAAAAGGGCAAACUAUUUCAAAACUGAAAACUGUGCUGUAGUGGUUCUGAUAUUUGGAGUAACCCUUUCAUUAAUUAAUGAAAGUCUAUCAGCUAUAGGGAUACAGAGUGCAUGGGUUAACUGGGGCCUUGUAAUUCUGGGACUAGUCUCUAUUUCUCUAUCUGUGAUUGCUGUAAUUACGCUAUCAAGUAUAGGGUAUAAAUUGUAUAUAUGUAUAUGAAGAUUGGUUAAAUGUCAAUAGUGAAGUUUACUCUUUAUUCCUCAACAGGAGUUAGCAUUGUCUUUACAAGUGUUGGCAUUAUUUAUCAUACUGCAUCAUCUCUGGAUUCAGAUUCAGUACAUGAUAUUUACUAUCAUGGGUGGGUAGGAAAUAUUUUAUUUUAUUGCUUUACUAACGCCUCACCACCAUCAUUCUAAUUAAUUUAGAGAGUAUAAUCAAUUAAUAUAACUCAUCGGACGUGUGAUUCUGAGCUGCAAAUCCCAGAGUUAUUUAGGGACCAUUGCGUCUAGCUACAAUAAACAAAAGAGUUAUUUUACGAGUUCUUGCUGAACUAAUGGAUAUUAUAAAUAUCUGGCAACACAAGUUCUGGGGUUUUGGAUUGCAUGAUUCAUGCUUCAGUUCAGCAAAAAAAUAUGACUUUUUUUCUGUACGUUUUAUUGUUUUAUAAUCUUAUCAAAAUUUCUCAAAAUUAUUUUGUGACCCAAGACAUCUUGCUUCAUUGUUACAGGAAUUUAAAAAAGUGCUUUGGCCUAUGGUAUAACAAUAUUACAUCUCAGAAGCCUGGAGUCACAGAAUUCUCAGGCACUUCUAUGACACACCUCAAUAAGACCUUUCUUUACUUCCUACAUGAUUUGGACGAUGAACAAGAGUCAGGAAGUAGAUCUGUCACUCCCUUCAUCCACAAAUAAAAAAUGCAUUUAACAUGUGGUAAAAUGAAAAUUACCUCAAAAUAUAUAUAAAAAAAGGAUCAAAUGUAAACUUGUAGUCAAGGCUUGCUCCUGUAUUAAAUAGAUGCUUGUAGCCAUCUGCCUAUUCUGUCUACUGGUAAAUCUAGUCCUGGAUGCUAUAGAAGCCUAUAUCUUACAUAAUUCAGCACAGCAGCAAAAAGACUGUUAGUCGUGGUUGACCAAACUGGAUGUGUUUGAAACAGUUUCAAUCUGACGGCAGAUGAAGCCCACAUGAUAGGGCGAAACUCAUCACAGAGGAAGAGGGCCUUUCUCUAAACUACGUGAUCGGAACUGUGAGAUUUUUCCAGAGCAGCAGUUAUAGGCUGGGACUCAUAUAUAAAUUGCUUCUUGUGGGUCUCACAACAGAUUGAUGUAAGCAUUUGAUUUUAGCUCUAUUUGUUUGAAAUACAAUGGUGUAACACUAUUGGGGCCCCCAGGUUUCUCGUUUUUUGUUGUUGCUGCAGUUCCCACAAAAGAAAAUAUAUCAAGAAUUGUAUGCGGUGUUACCCCUCACCCUAAAGCCUCUGGUGGAUAUGAGAUAUUUAGCGGGGGUUAGGAAGGUUAUUUUAUGUCAAACAGUAUGCACUAUGGAUGUGUGUAUUUUUUUUCUUUUUUAGGACAUAUGAAUAAUGAAAACACUUUUAUAAAUUAGUAUUAUUUAAUGAUUUUUCAAGAAAAAGAUACUUUUAUGCACAAACAGCACUUUAAAAAGAAUUAUAGUUUUGCACUUUAAAUUUAAGUCCCUAAUAUAAUUUAAAUAUAAUUCACUCUAGCACACCACAAAAUUUGGUUCAUGUUUUUUAAGUCUUGUACACAAUGUGAAGUGCUUGCAGUUUAUACUUUAUUGCACUUAAUACCACUGUUUAAGCAUCUAAGCGUUGUUAUGGUCUUUCUAUGUAUUGGUGCAUUCUUGUAUACAUUUAUUACAACAAUAUAAAUCUGCCAAGCACCUAGGAUACCCUGCCUGCUAGGGAAAGUUUGGAAAGGUUAGGAUGAGGCCAUGUUUAAUGUGACAUUAGGGGAAGAUUAUGCUCAGGGGUAGUCUUCUGGGUUAGGGUUAGUAAGGAUUUAGGUUGGAAGGCUUAUGGGUACGGGUGUUCAGAGUUAGUAGAAUUUAGGAUUAUGACUAACCCUUGCCUUGUAGAUGCUGUAACUCUCGACGGAUGAGACUGAAGGAGCCAAAGUCCACAGCAUCUUGAAGGCAGAUACACUCUAAUAAUACUAAAUCCCCCUUAAUUCAAAGACUCCAUAAUGCUACCUGUCCAUAAAUACUGUACACGGCAACGAUAUGCCUAUAUACCGAUUCUAAACAGCACUGUAAUUCCGUCAUAGAAUUCUGUACCAUAUAUCACUAUAGUGACCGCAACCUAUUUAUGUCUAUUUUAAUGUCAAUAUUUUUACAUUACAUUGUACAUUCUUGCUAUUUGAAUCAUAAGUAAGAUUUACAUAGUAAGAGAACGUGAUCCUGCAUAUUUUUUUUCAGUUUACAGAACACAAGAUUGACGCCAUAGAAAUCCUUGUUUACAAUUAAUCAUAUAUUAAUAUGGUCCGGAUUACUAAUAGCUAAUAAGGCCAUACAUAUGAAAGACUUGGCUUGCAUUCACUGUAUCUAUAUGCAAAAUAUUUUACACACAAAAUGAAUAUUCUAUUUCCACGUCCACCAAGUAUUUUUUUCUAAAUAAAUACAAUGCUUGGUGGGACUGUCAUCUAUGGAACAAUCCAAGGCCAGACUAUCCAUGACUUCACUUGAUGUCAAUAUACAUAUUAUCAGGUACUAGAGCCAGCCUUGUGUAUGGAUACAUUGUAACUGGUUGGCAUUAUUGGGGGCUUACUUGAUUUAUUUUUUUCCCUGCAACCCGCACACAUUAGAUAAAGGAAGAUAGGCAUAUUCACCAGGUACUUAGUCAUUCUUUAAGUCUGGUAAACGACACAGUUUUCAAUGAGGGCUUAGUUUUUUUUGUUUUUGGAUGACACAGUUGCAGGAGAGGAAACCAGGUGCAGGAAGGGAAAACUAUUAACAUUUUAACUGAUAUGAAUUCCUGAAGAAGUGAGUUUUCAAUGUUUUUUUUCAAGGAAUGGAGGCCGGGUGAGAGUCUAACGGAGCAGGGAAAGGAGUUCCAUAGGAAUGGUGCAGCCCUAGGUGAACUUUAAAGGUGAGAGUAUGAACAGAGGAUAUACUCAUGUCUUUGGCAAAGCGUAGGAGACUGGACGAGACAUACUUGUGUAUUAGGGAGGAUAGGUAGGUAGGAACAGCGUUAUGUAGAGAUUUGUAAGCAAGUACUAGAAUGUUAAAUUGAGCCCUACAUCAUAUUCUAUAUUAAAUGGUGUAAUACUGGCCAAAACAGUGAAUAUGUUUCACUGUAUGCAGUUAUAAUUAACCGUUUCCUCCUUGGUUUCUCUUGGCUUUCUGAAAUCCUGCCUUUACUACAGGAGAAACGUUGUAUGUAGUGUGCUACUUAAUGAACUAAGCCUGCAAGUUGUGCUAGUAACUCGUUUGUUGCAGCAUUUCAGAUGUGACUGAUUAUAUUUGUGACAUUUGUUCCUAGUAAAUUGAUCUUUUUUGUGUCCAGUCUCUAUUAUAUGUCUGUUUUUAGUAUAAGUGACUCAUCUUCACUCUCUGCGCUUCAUAACUGAAUCAGUACGGGCUGAAGUAAUGCUUCUUUGCAUGCUGUCCUUAAUAGCGCCAUGUCAGACAUAUUAUAUAAAGGUUCUGUAUAGAUGAGUGGAACUAUGCAGCUUUUCCAUGAUUUUACUGGAUCCCCUUGGGUUCUGGAGGGGUUUAACACAUAGCCUAAUCUGAUAUAUGUUGCCAUUAACUCAAUGUCUGGGGUGUUAGGGCAUUAAAACACGUUUGAGUCUUUUGAGACCUCUUAAGGCAUUUCUUAGCAGACGAGCAUCGUAGCAUAUUUUUCAUAAUAUGCAGACUCAUAGAGAUAUAUGCGAUUUGACUGUUUUUCCAUAAUAAAAGCAGGGUCUCACCAAUGAGGCCAUUGUGUGCAUUGUACAUCUCUGGGUCUGUCCAUUACUAUCCAGUAUAUCUUUGCAUAUCUGUUGACAUUUGUGGAACUUUGUUGAAAGUAAAUAAGCCCCUAGCAAUGUACGGGAAUAAGGUGUAUUAAUUGACUCCCCCUGCUUAGUAUUAUAACCCUAACUAUACGGCAUAUACAAUUAAGACAUAGGACCUACCAUUGAACAGAAUACUCAAUUCUUUAUUAGCGUGCCCUAAAGGUCACCAAUUGUAUUUUUACUCCUGUCCACUAUGCGGUUUUUAUUAUAUUCUUUAAUAAGUAUAGUCUUUGACUGCUUGUCCUUUUAUUGACAUGUUAUAUUUGAUUUUUUUUAUAACAGUAUAUAUGUGUGCAUAUAUUCAUACAUUUAUAUGCAUAGUAUAUAUUAUUCUUUAUUCCAUAUCUUUGGAAACAUCUUAUUUACUAUAAAUGUAGGUCUCUUGACUCCUUAAUAACCAAACAGAAGUACUGUCUCCCACAUAUGCCCUUACUUUAUAUAAAGUGAAAUGGUAUGAGGAUUAAAGCCUGUUCCUCAGCGUCAGCUUCAUUUCUUUCCUGUCCACUAUUUAUUGACAACCUUAGUUUAAUUUGUCAUUUUAAAUAAAUGGGAUAAGCCAGUUGAAGUGAAUCUGUAACUUGUGUAGGACCAAGACCAUAUAUAUUUAUGUCCAAAAACAACUCCAUCAUUUGCCAAGCUCUGUCAUUAUCUUUUGGGUCGGAAUUGUGUCUUGUACAUGAGAUUACUCAGCAAUGUUCUAGGGAAGAUCCGGAUGUAUGACAACACAUAAUCUUCUUGUGCAAACUCAACAGAUUUCUUCAAACAGCUAUUGCCUAUAAUGUCAGUCACAGUGUCUGAUGGCUGUUGAAUUGCAGGAGUUACAGUGAUCACGCUGGUGCAAGAAUGCAGAGUUAUGUAAACCUGCUAUAAUAGUUGUUUCCAGGUUUUUUUUUAAUUAUAAUUUUAAUUGUGUUGGUAAAAAUGUGUGCGAAUAGUCAAUUUAUAACAAAAGAAUAAAGUAUAUAAUCACAUAAUCAUAGCUAUAAAGUUAUAAUCACAAUACAUAUUUUCAUUAUUUAUUAGGAUGAUGUGAGAGCAGAAUAUAAAAAGCCAGUUUUUGAACUCAAGUGGGUUGUAUAAAAAGUCGAGGAUGUACACUAAAUAUUUUUCAUAUUUCUAAAUAACUUUAAUAGCUUUAAAAAACAAAUAUUCACUGUAACCUCUGGAUACCUUGGUGUACAGUGCACGUCAGAGCAAAGAAAAAUGUCUUUAAUUUAGCAAAACAUAACUUAAAGUAGUUAAUAUCGUGGACUGCAGACUAUAUAAAUAGACAGCAGUUUAAGUAGUAGGUCAUUUGCAAUCAAAUAUAACAGAUCAUAUGUUUAUCUCCCAUGUUGACAUUAAGUUUGGACCCAAUACUAGUAGCUAUUAAAUAGUGGUGGGCUUAAAGGGACACUAAGCACCAAAACAAUUUUAGCUUAAUUAAGUGGUUUUGGUGUAUUGAUCAUAUCCCUGCAGUCUCCCUGUAUGAGUCACAGCCAGGGGAGUUGUGACUAGGGCUGCAUACACGAAAUGACUUAACUCCUAAAUGACAGAGAAUUGAGCAGUGAAACUGCAGAGGCAUGAUCUAUACACCAAAACUGCUUCAUUAAGCUAAACAUCAUUUUAUUUUUUAAUCAGUCCCUUUAACAAAGUAUGGCCAGAUGAUGUGACCAAAUUGCCAUAUUUAUGUAGGUGUUUAAAAUAUCCUUGAGAGAUUUGCAACUGUAUAAUGUGUGUAAACAGUGAACUCUAUGUGUGUAUAAUGCAAUAUAGUCUGUGUAGAAUGCAGACUAGAUUGUACUGUCUAAACAUAAGCAUAAAUGCUAUACAGGGAGGUAAUGGAAUGCUUGCCAUAUUAUAUUAUUCCAUACUGCACUAUAAAAAUUAAAUCAUAUUGAUAAGAUAUUAGAGAAGGUAUUGGACAUGAGUUAAAUACGCCUUCUUUGCCACAAGAAAGCAGCCAAACGGUUUUCAUUCUGGACCUUGCUUGCUAGUUGUUAAUAAUAGUUCAGUGACGCAUAUUUAUUUUUCAAUCCAUUAAAUUCAUUAGCUGACUGUCUGUUUUAAUUUCAAACAACAAGUGCAAAGUUUCCAACACAGGUAAAGUGUGAAUAUGUGAUUAAUAGAUCAGAGUAGCUCAUUGAAAAUAGUGUCAGUUAAGCUGGUUUAAAGUGAUAGUCCUGUCAUCAUAACAACUCCAAAUGAUUAUUGGUGCCAUUCAGCCUCAAAAUGGGGCAACACUGAUAUGCUGAGAGAGUCAGAAUAGAGGUUCCGGGGCAGAGCUGAUGGGAAUCUGUCCCAAUUCCUUGAGGAAGGACCAGACAUUGGCUACCUGCUCUUUCUCCCAUCGCCUCUUCAGGAGCAGACAGUGAAUGUAUUUUAAAAUAGUUUUUAUCUGUUUCCUAACGGGAAAAAGUAAUGUUUUAUCCAAAGUAAAACCAUGAUUAUUCUUCCUGAUAUAACCAUAGAACAGGGCUCUAUUUUGUACUUUUCUAUGCCCCAGUAAUGUAUGGAAUAUGAAUAGCGUUAUAUGCCAACAUAUAAACAGAAAGGUGUAUUAUUUCUAUAUAGGCAAUGUAUUUUCGAAACUAAUAUCUUUACACUUGAGAAUAUAUACACUUGUUGAGAUUUCAACAAUAUUGUGUAUAAUUUCAGUCUAUACUUAUUUUAAAGGGACACUAUAGUCACCAAAAGAACUUUAGCUUUAGGAAGCAGUUUUGGUGUAUAGAUCAUGUCCCUGCAGUUUCAUUGUUCAAAUCUCUGCCAUUUAGAAGUUAAAUCACUUUGUUUAUGCAGCCCUAGUCUUACCUCCCUGCAUGUGACUGCACAGCCUUCCAUAAACACUUUCAGUAAAGAGUCAUCCAAUGUUUACACCUUUAUUGCAAAUUCUGUUUAUUUUAGAAUGUAUAAUCUAAUGCAAAUUGCCUGCCAGACCCUACAGGGCCUCCUGUAUAUAUUUAAAGUUCAAAUUACAGAGCAAAAGAUAAAAACUUUUAAAGUAAGUUACAUCUGAUUGAAAAUGAAUCCAUUUUGUUUUCAUGAAGGCUGUGUGAGUCGCAGCCAGCGGAGGUGUGACUUUGGCUGCAUAAACAGAAACAGAAGUGAUUUAACUCCUAAAUGACAGAUAAUUGAGCAGUGAAUCUAUAAACCAAAACUGCACGAUCUAUAAACCAAAACUGCUUAAUUAAGCUAAUUUUGUUUUAGUGACUAUAGUGUCCCUUUAAGGUGAAUUUGACAUUCACACAAUUUCAGAAUAACAGGUUCACAUUAAACCACAGUUAAUGCUAGUUCUGGAAUAAAGGGACACUCUAAGCACCAUAAUCACAACAAUUUGAUGUAGAGGUUUUUGGGUAUAUUUUCUUAGGAUGCAGUCUCUCUAGCUUUUGUGAAACAAUUUUUUGAACAGUUUGACAGGUGCAGGGCUUACCUAGUGCCCAAAACCUGGCCCCUCUUUUAUGAAUCAUAAGCACUCCAGUAACCUGUAAUGAUUAUUGUGCUGACAGUAUCCCUUUCAUACAAAGGGCAAUUGUGCACUGCCACGUGGACACCAAAUAGUUAAACAAUUUUUUUUUUUUUUUGUAUUAGUACAUAAAAACCAAUUCACCAGGGAAAUAUAAACAGGUUAUAUUUAAAUUAUUACAGAGAUGAACAGGAAUCUGGCAGUUUUUAAUUAUGUAACACAAUUUAUUAUCAAUACGUACUAGAGGGUUAACAUGUAAGGCUGAGUCUGAGAGUGGUAUGGAAUUUAAAUUAUCCAGAAAUGAUUCUCUGCCUUUAUUUCCCUUGGUAGAUUUAAGAUGCUGUACUAUGGUUUCAUGGGAACUCUUAAGAGCAAUACAAUGAGAUGCCUGGAAAGUCUAUAGCUAAUGAUUUAACCAUUCCUAUGUUAGUCUAAUCCAUUUGUUCUCUUCCAAAUGGUGGGUUGGUACUUGAUAAGUAAAGGAAACCAGUAUUUUACAGUUACUAUUAAAUAAACAGCUUCAUAUAGGAGAGAAACAAUAUGUCCCUGUAAUCUUUUAAAUUUCUACUGUAUGUCUUCCUGCCGUACAGUACAGAGUAUGUCAGUCUUUAGACACUAAAUGAACCCUUUUGCAACAUACCAAUUUAUUAAUGUUUUCCUUUUGUUUUGUGCAGACAAAGUGUAUUCAGGAAUAUGGAUAUACAUAUUUUUUCUUCAAUUAAUUGACUCAAAGGAACACUCCAGCAUUAUAAAUAACUACUUUGUCAAGUGUACUGGGCACCCACCCUAUAUCUAUGAAAAUAAUGCAGUGAUUUACCUUUAAAAACACUUUAACACUACUGCACUAGGAACAAAUUGUGUUCCUAAUGCUACAAUUUUAAAUUCAGCCUCCGCCCAAUUCCCCAAAUAAAAUGUAAAAAAAUAUAAAGUAAGAAAGAGGGUACUCUGUUAACCCCUAAAGCACUUUGUAUUAUGGGUUAUGGAUUGCCCAGGCAAUUAAAAAUUGGCCAUUAUUAUUAUGUUAUUAUUUAAAUAGCGCCAACUAAUUCCGCAGCGCUUUACAGUGGGUGGACGAACAGACAUGUAGUUGUAACCAGACAAGUUGGACACACAGAAGAACUGCUGAGUUAAGGCAAUGCUCCAUGUUUGGUUAUUUUGGUUUUAUUAUGUUCUAUAUUGUGCUUGGAUAUUUCAUUCGGGUUUAUCAGAACUGACAAAUGUAUACUUACUAUUCAAUGAUCCAUGCUGAAUUGGCAACCAAAUAGCAAAAUGUAGGCAACAAUAUCUAAAGGAAAACGACUACAAACCAGCUACACUGAUGACAUUCCUUGUUGGCCACAUUUUACAUCUGGCUGCAAUCCAAUAUGUGGUAAAACAAGCACUUAAACUGUCUACUGUACAGAGAUUAAUGUGACAUAAGUCCUUUAGACUAUAUGUAAUGUCAGCAAUGUGAAUAGCCUCUUUAAGCAUUUUCAUUUGAAUUAGUCCAGUGAGUGAUAUGCCAGUAUAAUUACAAUACAUGCAGCCAUACAAAAAAGUAGAAGGUUGCAGGACUGCUAAAAAUCUAAUUCACACACAAUUUGCUUUAGACUACAUAUGAAACACGAGGAUCACAUAUGUUUUUUUAAAAGGCGUGCAAUGAGGAAAGGCCGUAGUACCUAUAUUUUAUCCUAUUGAACCUUUACAACAUGGAUGUUCCAAAUCAUUUAUUUCAGUUUGCAGCCAGAAUCAGGCCAUCUGGUGCUGGAUUCUGUAUACAGAGGUUUGACGCUGGCUAUGGGAAGACUAUUAUUCAAUGAGCAAAGAUAAACAUACGUUGAGGCACUGAAUUCAGCCGUUUGAAUUUUAAAUUCAUAUUCUGAAAUUCAGACCUUUUCUGAAUUAUUUUUAAGAUGCUGAUUUUUUUUUUUUUUUAAAUCAAAUUUGAAAUUUCAGGGCUGCUUUCUAUCCAGAUAACCAAAAUUUGGUUAGAAUGACUGAAUUUUGACUGAGUCAGCACCAUAAACCUGCUUCAAAAUCAGUGCUUUUAACUUUAGAAUCCUGUAUAAAAUAUAGGAUCCAGACAUUUAGAAAGCACCAAUUAUAAACAAAACUGAGACCAAGUGCAUCAGCUAGCUCGCCCACUCAGUCAUUCUAAUUUAGUUGCCUUUUGGCAAGUGAAUUAUAAAAUUCCAAACUAUUUGCCCACUGUCAGUACUAGCAUCUACUGGGCAAUAGGGAUGUCCCGAACGGUUCGCCGAAAGGUUCGCGAACGGUUCGCCACGGACGGUUCGCCGUGGACUCAUCAUUGAGUAAACUUUGACCCUGUACCUCACAGUCAGCAGACACAUUCCAGCCAAUCAGCAGCAGACCAUCCCUCCCAGACCCCCCACCUCCUGGACAGCUCACUAAGAAUGCAUCUAGAAAAUGGAUGCUGUCCAGGAGGUGGGAGGGUCUGGGAGGGAGGGUCUGCUGCAGAUUGGCUGGAAUGUGUCUGCUGACUGUGAGGUACAGGGUCAAAGUUUACUCAAUGAUGAGUCCGCGGCGAACCGUUUUGGACAUCACUACCGGGCAACAUGAAGGUUAAUUAGAUGGUGUGACGAAGUGCCCUUCGCCACUUGUGCCUUGAGAGGACUAAUUGCCAGCCUCCUGCCCUGCGACUAUGGCCCCUGGAAGAUUUUGCCCUUUAAAUACGUUAUUUGGGCAUAGUGGAUUUUAUUAGACUGGUUCUGGCCCUUUAAAUGCUCUGACAAAGGAUCUGCAGUUUUGCUAUGCACUUCGGAUGCAGAGUGUGAAGAAAAUCCCUGUUUUAUGGACUUAGUUAGACUGUUUUAUUCCCCACUCCUCUUAGAACACCAGUUAAACUCUUAAUAACUGUUAUAUAUUCAAACUCUGUCUGACCCUUUUAACUGUCUUUUUGUUUUCCUCUGAGGAGGAGUUGUUUUGCUGCAUGAGUGCUGUCGCUUUUGUGUGCUCAUUAAACAAACCUGCUUGACCCUUUCUUGAAGCCUUGGCUCAUGCUUGGGGGAUGGGAUAGGUCUGCAGUGCUGAUGGUGUCAGUUGGAGUGCUUGGAGUCCUCAGCAAGCACUAGGAGCAUCGAUUGACGGAGGUACUCAGUCGGAGUGCCAGCGGGUCCGUCACAGAUGGGAUCCAAUAGAAGAUUCCUCGGAUAUUCAAGCAAUAAAAAAGUGGCAUGGUUCCAAAGUUAAAUAUAAAGUUAAUUAGGUGGCGCCAAGCCUGCACUUUCUAACCUGCCACCACAGUAAAAAGUAAAUAAAAUAUGACCCCUUUAGCAGAAAUAUCCCCACUCCCCAACUGGCAGGUGUAGGUAUCAGAGACGUGUUAAACCUCCCUGUUGUUAGAUGCCAGUCCUGAUGACCCCCAUAUGCAUUUUAUUAAUUUAAUUUUACUGUGGCAGAUUUAGCAACUGCUGGCAAGCCACCAUAUAUCGUAAUCCUCACACUGCCAAGGGUUUUGUUUUUACCUUUCCCCUCACUGGCUCCUAGCACAGCCAAGUGGGCAAAUAGUUUGGAUAUUUAAACUCCACACUCAGAUUUCAACCAUUCAGAAGUGUUCAGACUUGUUCUUAAGAGUUCCCAUGAAACCAUAGUACAGCAUCUUAAAUCUACCAAGGGAAAUAAAGGCAGAGGACCAUUUCUGGGUGAAAUUUAGACACAAAUCUGACUUUUUCUGAGCCAGAAUUGCAAAAUGCAGACUGUGGUAAAUUUUCCAAUCAAUGCCUGGAUGGUAAAUAACCAAAUUGCAAUUUGCGUCAGAUAGAGAUAUUAUACCUGAGAUUUUCAAUUCAGAUGCACACUUAGUGCUUAGUAAAUUCCACCCUUUUCAUCUAUUUAAGUAUGUGCUUUGAUAGUAUAACCACUGGCAGUUCACCUGGCUCAUUCAAUCUUUAGCGCUUCCAUUAGAUAUGUGUUAAAAGGCUGCAGCUCCGUUACACAACUAGGUUCAGCAUCACUCAGCAACGAUAAAAGAAAUAGUAUCACCCGCACCUUUCUGAUAAGAUUGUAUCAGCAAGAUCUUACCGUGUUUGACACUUUAGAUGUUUUGUAACUGUAAUAUUAUGUUGGUUUCAAAUUACGCUCUUUUAAAAUAGUUUUAUAGUGUUUUAUCACUGUCCUUUUUAUAUUAAGCAUAGCAGCACCAUUCAACGUGGCUGAAGAUUUUUAAAUUACUUGUGUGCUAAUUUUUAACUAUAAAUACCAGAGGGUUGUGUGGCACCUGAAUUGGUUGCCGUCGGAAUUUUGUUGCAGUAGUUAGAACAUCAUUCUAAAUCUAUUUGCCUCUAAGUCUAUGCAGGGUUGGAAUUCCCAUUAGUCAGAGUAUACACUUUCCUACAGGCGCAUGUCCUGUAGGGGGCACCUGUUUUCAGCAAUUAUGAUGUCCCCUUUUGAGUUUAAGAGACACUAUUGUUACCAGAACAGCUACAGCUUUAUCUGAUUGUCCUUAUGUGUAUAGUAUGUCCCUGCAGGCUUUUCAAUGUGCCUCCUAUGGCACCUAUAUUGAUCUGGCCUUGCCAUAGACCUGUGUAGCGAUUAAUACUUCCAAGUGUUGAGAGGUAUACGCUGAUUUCUUCAGCUCCACAUCAACCUGCUUCUUGGAUGAUGAUUCUGAUUACACAUAGCAGUUCAGGGAUUACACAUAGCGGUUCAGCUGUAGCGCAUGUUUUUGGAAACAAAGUUUUAAGUACUAGUAGUUUUGGGAUCCAGAAGAGGUUGUGUUGAUAAACAAUGUAGCAUUAUGUGUUGGUAUGGUAAAAUCCACUGCUGCAGCUGUGAUCGUGAAUUGGAAUAAACUUGGGUAUAUUUACUAAACAGGAGUUGAUAGCCAAACUGCAAAAAAAACUCAAUCUUUACUACUUUAACUAUUUUUAUAAGCCUAUAUAAACAUCCACGCACACUAGCGUAAUGACUCUCUCUCUUUCUUAAAUAGUAUUUCAUUUUAAUGUGUAUCACUGGGGCUCCAUUCACAAUGUGUCGCAGCAAACAAAAUAUAACUGCAAUAAAUACAUUUAAAUGUUAUACUUUGCGCCUGUAUAGAUGAGUCAUAGCAAGGUAAAUAACUAGUGAUUUCGUAAUCUUAGUAUAUUAAAUGUUCUAUGUUAGCUAUAACAUGUUUUCUUUUAUUUAUUUAUUUUUUAAUAAUUUUAUGAUAUUGCACUAUGAAAAAUAAUUUGAAAACUAUUCUGAAACAUUUAUUUGAUCGUACUCUAGUGGCAAAAAUUAACCAGUCUGUUCCUGUCUGUUACAUCAUACUAUAUUGCCAUUCCAUGUUUCCCAUCUAAUCCUUGCAUUUUAACAUUAAGUUUGGAGGUGCGCUUUUUUAAUUUCAUGCUUGUCAUCAUGUUCGUUUUAAACCAAUGUGUUUUUGUGCUUACUAUGAUUAUAGUAGCAGUGCUUUAUAAGAAAACAUGGUGCAUUGGUUUGAUAAAAAGACACAUGUCUACAGUAGUGAAAGAAUCGACUCACUUAAUAAUGUGAGAAAGACCAAAGACCUUUACCACAUAGGUGCCAAAGAAAACUAUAAGGAUAGCUAACUUGUCCCACCAUAGUGCACUUUGAUUUCGGAUAUUUUUGUGCCAAGCUCAGACAUAACAUACUUGACAAGUCGGAAAUCCCGAAAGAGAGGAGACCUGCUAUUUGAGCAUGUCUACGAUGCUAAUUAAUUUAUGGAUGACGUUCAUGCUCUUAAAGGAGGAGGGUGUCAUACAGGCAAGCAUGCGCGCAAAUAUUGCAGUCUGUCCAUAUGAUAAGCAGUGCUGUAGUAUUAUGAGCUUAAAUGCCCUGAAAUUUAACUUCAAGUGCUGCUAAACAAUUGUUAAUAUUGCUCUUGCGCUCUACUUUCCCCUCAUUCCUCCCAACCUUAAAUGACAGAAUUGGUCUGUCGGUUGAUCUGGACAACUGAGGAUAAUUAAUGUGUCACAAUAGGAUAUUACAUGACUAAUGAGGUCUGCAAGCUUUGCCAUAAGGCAGCUGUACCUAGAGUCCUGGAUUGGCACCCACAGAACAUGUAGCCAAUGUGGCAGGUCAUACAUGAACACUUGGGAGCUAUAGUGUACAUGAGUCUCUUUCUUCAUAAUCUAGAAUUUUAGGCUUCAUGAAGGACUGUUUGAACACAGUGUUUCUAACUAAUGCCAAACUCAUUUUUUCUGUAGACUGGACCUGGUGAAGCCACACGGGGAGAUACAGUGGAGAGCACAAGUUCUAAUCCGUCAGAAAACCCAGACAGCGGACGCCACAUGUUCUCCUUUUCCUGGCUAAACUCUUUAUCUGAGUAGUUGUCUCAUUACAAAUAAAAUAAAACUUUGUCCACGGAAAACUCCAGAAAUUAUAAGCCGAGACAUCGCAGUCAACCAACAGUUCAGAUUAAAUGUGUAAUUUAUCCUGUAUUAUUUUUUUUUUUACUUUUAAUGACAAUGUGAAUUAACCUUUCGAGUGCCAGUAAAAGCGAGAAAUAAAUUGGUUAUCCCUUCAGGCACUCAAAGGGUUAGGUUUCUGAACUAUCUGCCUUUGUAGCAAAGUUGUGUACCGUCAUGUUAUUUUAAGGAGUGUAAUUUAUUCUGUCUGCUGCAUUAUUAAAUGUAGACUGUUUGGAUCAACAGCAUCAACAGACAUGUGUGAAAGGUUGACCUGGAUAGGCUAAGGUCCAUCUUUUUGUAUUUCAGCCCAGACUACUACUGUUACUGUGUAGAAUUAAUAAAGAAUCAGUGUGACAUGUAUCAGCAGAUUUAUAACAUGAAAGAAAAGCAAUUACCAUAAGCUAGGAGUAGAAUGUUUCCUACUUUGCAUAGCCACACCUAUCGCCCCAUUCACAGCUACUUGCCAACAUUUGUGACUACCCUCAAUGGAAUUGCAAACCUCAGCCAUCCUUAACACUGCAGGACAAAACGAUGAACUGUGACUUGACUACAAAGUACAAUAUAUUUAGGAGGCUUAUGACAUGUUUUUGCAGCCCAGGAGGGUGUGGAUCUGGGUAAAAUUAUCUUUAUUCCUGAGCUGCAUUCUUUAAAUUGUGAGUUUAGAAUUGAAGUUAUGAGCAAGCCUUGGAAAGGGGUUAAAAUGUGAUGUGGUCCACAGGCAAAGUAAGUUUUAUUGAAUACAAGUCUUCUUUGGUCUUUUCAAAUACCAGGAGGGGCAGUACAAGCUCAUUCUAUUUACACAACGUUUUGUGGAAUAUACAUUAAGCUCUCUCUUCCCCAUAUUAUGUGUACCUAUAAUCUCUUAAAUAUGAAUUACAUAACAUGCACACAGUAUAUGUUUCUAAACAUGCACACAGUAUAUUUUCAGCCACAUUUGUCAACUAGUUACCUCAUGCAUUAUUUGUUUAACCAUGAUCACAGUUUUUACAAAGGGGGACUAAACACCACAAACAGCAAGCUUCCUGCACUGUGCCUUUAAUAGUUUGCCUUAACAUGAAAAUACAUUGUCUAAAAUCCCCCUCUUGCUAGCUUCAGUUGGAUAUUGCUGUAAUGUCUGUGUAUUAGUAUGCACAAUAGGGAUUGUAGAAAAUAAGCAUUUUCACUUGUGUAUGAAAAUUUAGGACCACCUCUGUGACUUAAUGAAAAUAUAUUAAAAAAAAAAAAAAAAAUAAGUUUAGCAAAGAAAUUGGAGUGGACAGUAGUAAUAACUUUGCAGAUUUUAUUAAAAAUAUAGAUAUUAAACAUUAUGUUACACACUGAACUUGUGCGAGCGCUGAGAAGAUGUUUUAAUUAUGGAAAUGUGCACAAUAAACUUUUUUGAUGCAAAAUAAAUAACAAUAUUUUUUUCACCUCCCAGAGGGUAUCCCAUCAGGUACUACAGAGUAAGCAAGUUUAUUCAGAUUUUGAAGCACAGACUCAUACUGUUAUUCCUAAGGAAAUUAUGUGAAGUAACCCUCCCCCCACCUCCCUCCCCCCUAGUAUAAAAUAAAAAUAAAACAUGUUAUGCCUGUUGCUUUUAUUUAUUUUUUUCUUUUUUUUUUUAAAGCUGCAGUCGAAUACACCCCGAGCAUGCUGACAAACGAAUAUAGGCUGUUACCCCUUGUUGCCAGGGAGGUUAGAUACAUUUUGUUGAGCAAAACAUUUGUGUUCCCUCCCCUCCCCUGCAGGCAGCCAAGGGGUUAAAGUGUGUAUCCUCUAUGUCUGAAGCUAUAGAAAAAUAAACAAAUGGUAUCAGGGCAGCACUAUGGUACAUCAUAAUGUAUAGUUUGUGCUAAAUGCAGUAAACUCUUUGGCAUAAGAGUAUAUAUGUAUAUAUAUUAUUUCCCGAUUAUGUCCAUCAGUUUCCUAUUGCUGUGGGCUUGCUGGGCUAUCUGCUCAGCUCUUGCCAUUUCUAAGACUUCCCUGAGCAGAUGGAAAGUCAGAUCCAAUGAAAUUGGGGGUUCCUCAGAACGUUUCCCUCUCUCUGUGGGUUCCUCCUGAGUGUUGUAUGGAAUAUCUGCUUCAUCCAAAGAUCUAAGUCCCUGCUGACUGUUCCACUGCUGAGGCUGAAGCUGAAGCUGUUGCACAUCCCUUAGAAAGUUACCAGCAGAAGCUCCAAGCAAGUUUGGGGAGUACUUGUGGAGAUUACCCAGGCGUAAGAAAUACUCUUCUCCCAUACGAAGCAAAAAGGGCUGGUACUCAGGUAAGAGAGGUGGGGGGACUCCAGCAGAAGAUACUGAAGAUUUGCUAAAAGCUCUGCACUCAUAGCAAGGCAGAACAACCAGAAGUAUUGCUGUCGAUAUCCACAGCUGGAACUUCAUGUUAUCCCCCUAAAGAUAAGAUCUGGAAUAAAACAGAUGUGCGAUAGGUCCUUUGAAAUGGAAUGAAAUCCCAUGAAGGCAAGGCAAAAAAAAAAGAAAGAAAAAAAAGUGCAAAAAAAAAAGCAUGAAUAUAAGUAAUUGGAAUGAAGAGAAUGAUAGAAAAA